CACGUGGUGCGCCGCAGUCCCGCCGCUGUGGGGAGGGAGCCUCAGCCAGGACCCAUGGCUGAGGUGGCCGGGCCGGGGGCGGAGAUAGGGCGCAUUUUAGUCCAGGUGGGUCCAAAUAACACUGCAGUCAGGUCCCUCACUAGCCUCGUUUCUAUUGGUCUUGUGGUCACUUGACCAAACUCCCAUGAACCUUUGCUCUUAUGGCCUCCCGCGCCCAUCCAGCCUUGCGUCGCCCCCAUUGGACGCAGGGUUGGCCUUAAGGCCCUGAAGAUCCUGAUUAGGCUGGCCAUUUACAAAGUGCCAAGAAAAAAGGAGGAGGAGCAGCAGCAGCGUCCGCAAGGUUUACUUAAAAGUGGCACAUGCCAAUUCAUAUGUGUAGAUGCACAUUUAAAAAUAAGCACACUGGAAGCUUCCAUAUGCAUUUUAAACUGUUCCAUGACAUGUUUAGAGAAGAGCUGUAAUUCAGUAGUAAAGCAUCUGUUUUGUAUGUCAUGGGUCCCAGAUUCAAUCCCCAAUGGCAUUUCCAGGUGGGGUUGAGAAUACCUCCUGGCUGGAAGAAACUUUGGAGAGCUGCCACCUCUCAGUGCAAGUAGACAGGCCCAGUGGUUUCCCUCAAUAUAAAACCGCUUCUAUUGUUUCCUAAACAGAAAUACAUCUUGGCACCAUUGUGACCUGAUGACUUAGUGUGGUUCCUCUGCUGUCCAGGUUUGCUGAUUGUUGAUGGGCAACUUAAAGCUCUCCCCGCUCCCUUCUUAGAAUUUCUUUAAACCAGGUUUUGACUGGUCAGCCUAACAAAUAGAGGACUCCUUCAAAUAGAGGACUGUUUCAUGCACCAUAGGGCACAUAGCCACACCAACCCAAGUGCAAAUCUCCUCUCACACAUUAUGCUCACUGUGGACCUCUCUGAAGUGGUCAGUCCCUGUGCCUCUCCAUGCAGAAAGGUAAAGUCCCUCCAUGUAGACAAAAAGCAUAUCAGAAAGGAGGGCUGUAGCCAAGCCUUCCGACAUUUGUAUUGAAGAAUUAAAUUAGCCCUCACCUGUCUGAAAUGGUAGUGAAAAUUAAACCAAACUCUCGCUAAAAACAGUCAUGUGGCAUCAUAAAGACUAACAUCUUACACAUGCAUAUACUCGCCCUAACCCAACUGAAAAGAUUGUUGUGAGGAUGAAAUGUGGGCUGCACUGAGUUCUGGGCAUAGGAAAGAUACAAUAAAAACACAUUCUAUGCUUUGGUUGCUCCAGAGCCUCCUUGCAGCUGUUUUUCAAAUUGCACCUUUUACGUAACUUCUGUGAGCUCUUGCCUUGAUGCCUCCCAGCUUUCUUCAAAUGUAAAUGUUUAUUUUUCCUCUCCUUUUGCACAUUGAAGCGUAGCUUUUUGGCAGAGAAAGAUUGGAUUUAGCAAUGUUUAUUGAAAAUUUUAAGGGAGCUGAGAUUUUCCAUGGUAGCUGAGGCUGCAAUGUCAUGCACACUUAACUGGUGAAUAAAGUCCAUUGAACUCUGGGCCUAGCUUCUGAGUAAGCUAUGCUUAGAAUUAGGUAGCAUAUUUUAUUAGUCUGCAGUGAAGACCCUUGCUUUGAUCUUGCAAAGCUUAGAUCUUGGAAAAGUCACUUGAAUGAACAGUAAUGUUUAGGAAAAGAUGAAGGGCCAUAGCUCAGUGAUAGAGUAUUUGCCUUUCAAGCAAAAGGUCCUAGGUUCAAUCCCCAGUAUCACUGGAUGGGGUUGGGAAUAGCCCCUGUCUGAAAUCCUGGAGAGCUGCUACCAAUAGAGUACAGUGGUACCUCGGGUUACAUACGCUUCAGAUUACAGAUGCUUCAGGUUACAGACUCCGCUAACCCAGAAAUCGUACCUUGGGUUAAGAACUUUGCUUCAGGAUGAGAACAGAAAUCGUGCUCUGGCGGCACGGCGGCAGCUGGAGGCCCAAUUAGCUAAAGUGGUGCUUCAGGUUAAGAACAGUUUCAGGUUAAGAACGGACCUCCGGAACGAAUUAAGUAAUUAACCCGAGGUACCACUGUACAUAAUACUGAACUAGAUAAGACCAGUACUCCGACUUGUUAUAAGGUGGGCAGUGUUCUUGGUUCACUCAGGGCAAUCACUUGAGUUCUGGACCCUUGCUCCUCUUGACUGAUAAAAACUAACGGGGAGGGGACAACUGGCUGGGCCAAGGAAUUGAUUAAUGUCUCCAUGAAAGAGAGGGUGGUCCUUGCCUGCUUGAAGGAGGCAAUGGUAAAACCACUCCUCAAGAAGCCCUCCCUGGACUAAGAAAAUCUAAGAAACUACUGCCCAGUUGCUAAUCCUCUACUUCUUGGGAAAUGUUCUUGAUCAGGUGAUUGUGGACCAGAUUCUGGUGCUCUUGGAGGAAACUGAUAUUCUAGAUCCAUUUCAAUUGGGGUUUUGGCACAGAAACUGCUUUGGUUGCCCUGUAUGACCUAUGUCGGGAGAGAGACAAGGGAAAUGUAUCCCAGUUAAUUCUCAUUGACCUCUCAAUGGCUUUCAAGACAAUCAACCAUGGUAUCCUUCUGGAACAGCUGUCUGACUUAGGUGGGUGGCACUGCUUUGUGGUGGUUCCUACUUGGAUGGUCAUUUCCAGAGGGGGAUGCUUGGGGAGUGCUCUUCAGCCCUGUGGAGCCUCCAGUGAGGGUUCCUCAGGGUUCAAUUUUCUCCCCUAUGCUAUUUAAUAUCUACAUGAAAUUGCUUAGUGGGGUUAUCCAGAGUUUUGGAGUUCGUUGUCAGCAAUAUGCAUACUUUCUGAUGAGUAAGGUUACAGAAAGCAUGUUCCAUCAGAUGUUUGAGUUCCUCUUCAUGCCAGGUACAAUCUGAGGUGCUUGUGCUGUCCAUUCCUGUUUAAUAGGCUGACUUUGGGCCUGGGAGCCAAAUGUGGCCUCUCCCUUUGGACAUCAGGACUCUCACCAGACCACAUCCGCUCCCCAGGUAACCCAUUUCCCCAACCCUGCUUCACACUCCUCUCAAGUGCUUUUGUUUGGCUGGGAUGUAUCAUUGGGCUGUGAUAAUGCCUCUAGCUUGACUGGAUGGAGGCUAGUGUGGGGUAGGUGUAGGUGUAGAAACCUGUGACCUUUGUGUGACUGGAAUGAAGCCUAUGACACAAAUGUAAAAUGUGCAUUUGUUGCCCUGGACACUUUUGCUUCUGGCUGCACCCACCACUGGCAUGCUGCUCUUGGAAGAUUCCCCACAAGGAAAUGUGGUCCUCCAGCUGAAAAACAUAGCCCACAUGCACUGGGCUCUGUGUAUUUUUUAAAAAAUACCUCCAGUCCUGUGUCUCAUUACCAUCUUGGCAGUCUGCUAAGAAUGCCCUCUUUGUUGUUAUAAUAUGAUGCUCAUUUCAUAAUGAUGUAUGGAGUUAUAACUUGGUUGCUGUGUUCUUUAGAGUGUUGCCAAAGUCCAGGCUUAAAGUGCUGCAAACCUUUAUUGUUUUCGGUUAAGCUCCUGGAGGUAAUUUUAAGUUGACAGUGUAUUUCAUUGAUAUUUUCAUCAUAUUUAUUUCCCUUUCCGUUAUGGAUGUACUAUGUUGUAAGUUGCCUCAAGCAUUUUGGAUGACGUGGGUUAGAAAUCUGACAGUACUAUCCUAAGUAUAUGUACCUAGAAGCCAGUUUCAUUAAGUCCAGUAGGACUUAUCUCCACCUCCAUCAUUCAGACCGGACACUGAGGUCCAGCUCUGAGGGCCUUCUGGUGGUUCCCUCACAAGUUACAGGGAACCAGGCAGAGGGCCUUCUCAGUAGUGGCACCCGCCCUAUGGAACGCCCUCCCACCAGAUGUCAAGGAAAUAAACAACUCCCACCAGACGUCAAGGAAAUAAACAACUACAGUAAUACCUCCGCGAAUGUCCGCCUUGUCUAGCGUCCGUUCCAGCGAACGUCUGCGGGAAACCCGGAAGUACCGGAAUGGGUUACUUCCAGGUUUGUCACAUGCGCAAAUGCGCAAACCGCUCCGCGUGUGUGUGCAGACACGGCACUUUACCCUGCAUCCUUUUCAGCUAGCGGCCAGGGCUCUGGAAUGGAUCCUGGCCGCAAAACAAGGUACGACUGUAUCUGACUUUUAGAAGACAUCUGAAGGCAGCCCUGUUUAGGGAAGUUUUUAAUGUUUGAUGUUUUAUUGUGCUUUUAAUAUUUUGUUGGGAGCCGCCCAGAGUGGCUGGGGAAACCCAGCCAGAAGGGUGGGAUAUUAUUAUUAUUAUUAUUAAUAUUAUUAAUAAUAAUAAUAAUAUACUCCACCCAUCUGGCUGGGUUUCCUAGCCACUCUGGGCAGCUUCCAACAAAAAUAUUAAAAUACAAUAGCCUGUUAAACAUUAUUAUUAUAAACAAAUUAUUAUGUAGGAUUGCAGUUAAGCAGUGCAACCCUAUGCAGGUUUAUAAAGAGAAAUCUGAUUGCAUUUCCCAGCAAUGAAACUUUUGCACUUUUGAUUUUAAGUACUGUCUGUGAUAUGUUGUGGUGUUGUUUCCUUUGUUUUAUAUAAUGUUAUUGUUGUGAGCUGCCCUGGGUUCCCUUCAGGGAGGAAAGGCAGAUUAUACAUUUUAAAUAAUAAGUGCGUUUAGGAUUGCAGCUUGUAUAGAAGAAAUAGAUAGUUAUCAAGUUUUUUUUUCUGAUGCAUGCUUUUUGGGUUGCAAUAUUUUACACCCCUCCCUGCCGCUUUUAACCUGCUCCUCUCCUCUUCUGUGUUCCAUAAAAUUGCAGAGGUUGCUCCCUGAAGUGUGUGUUUGUUCAGUGCUUAAUAAAUCUGUUUUGCUUUCAGUUUCUGUGAAAUAUAUUUACACCCUGAUGAUGCAUGCAUUUACUGCAAGCUUCAACUAAUUUUCUAGGUUCAAGAAGAUCUUCAACAGCUGAAGGACCAGCUGCGAGACAUCAGCCAUGAUUGGGAACUGCAGGAUGCUCAGAACCUUGAAGCUGCUAUUGAAAGUACAGAGAACAGAUUAAAGGUAAGUGGAUGGAGAAUCUUCCAACAAAAAUGGGGAAACGUCUCCCAGUGAAAGUGUUAAUCAGUAUUUUAUCCUCAAGUGAAAAUGUGACACCUCAUCACUUUCUAAAUUCCGUUUCUGAAUAGUAAAUGGUUUGAAGUGCCAAGUAUUGUAUUUUAGAGCAGUGACAGUACGUUUUGGGUGCUCAGCAUUAUACGGCUGUCUUAGACAUAGCAUAAACUCAGACAAAUUCAGAGCCUGGGAUGAUGUCUUUCAUUUUUGUUUUCAAAGCUCAAAAUUUGCUCAGAUCUGCUGGCUGAGGUAGCUCUUCCAUCACCUCAAUAUCCUAUAUUUUCUUUCUCCCUAUCCCUGAACAGAAACACGCUGAAAGGUAUUUAAAUGCUGUAAACCAAACUGUGCUAACAAUUUCGUCACCUUCUAAUGUGGAUCUGUGUUCAAGACAGGUGUCCAAAUGGUAAGAGUACUGGAAUUUAUUUGUGUAUGCUACUUUAUCUGUAUAUUUUUAAAUAUAGAUGUUUAUAUUCUAAUUGUAGUAUUUGGGUGUUUGUAGAGUUCUUAUGGCAUAUUACAAAUAGUCAAAAAUCCACACACAAAAAGCUGUAUCAGAAGACAUGCCUUCCAUCUUAUAGCAGAAAUUGGACUAGUUGUUCUCAGGAUUCUGUAAAUUUCUGUGUCUACAGAGUUAAGGACACUAAUAAUGCCUCCUGUUGUGGUUUCGAGUUCAUAUACUUAACCCAAGUUUUAAGGUUUUUUAUUGUUUCAUUGUUUGUUGCUUGAUGCCUGUGCUCCUCUGGGAGAAAGGGUGGGAUAUGAAUUUAACAAAUAAUAAAUAAAUUGCAGCAGUUUAAACUAUUGCAGGUGUGGAAAAUAAAGUUGGAACUGAACCAAAUCUUGCAACAUUUCCCUAUUUAUUUCUCUCAGGGGGCUCCCCAUGGAGACUUCACAGAAAGAAAUAAUUUACCCAGAGAUGUCUGCAAUUACCACUCAGCCCUGCGGCAGGUUAUCGCCACAUAGGUCUUCUGCACCAAAGGUCUGAAGGAACUCAUGGCUUGUAAUCCUUCCAGUGAUUUUGUUACCGUCUUAUACUCCCAACUGAGUCUCUUUUCCCUAGUGCUCUCUCAAAGAACCUCUCAAGUCCCAAAGGGCAGGCCUAAUGCUUUGCUUUGCAAAGCAGAAAGUGGGCAUCGGAGUGUGUCCUUGUCUGCAAGGACAAUGGAUGUAGCUAUAGCGUGUGAAGCCACACAUGAGCCAAACCGGGGGGGGGGGUGUGUGCAGCAGACGUAAUCAAGGUCACAACUGCACCAUACUUUUAAAGCAAAUGACUUCCCUAAAAGAAUCCUAGUUUUGUUAAGGGUGCUGAAAAUUGUACCUCUGUGAAGUGUAAACUAUAAUCCACAGAAUUAUUUGGGGGAAGUCAAGUAUUUAUUUAAAAGGUGCAUUUAAAUGUAAGGUGUGGAUGCUCUAAGUGAACUAUAUCAUAAGGAAAUGAAAUUCUGUGAUGAGCAGCAGAAGCACAAAAUAUGUAGAGGAUCUGUGGACAGAAGAUCAGAAGCAGGUUGGCCAAACCCACAAUGACAGUAGGCUAAGCGAGAAAGGGGCUGCUCCUGCAUUAAAUAUUUUUUGCUUCUAAUACCAACCUCCAAUCUUUCUCUACUUCACUAUGCAUGGUUGAUCUUAAUUUGGAGAGGGGCAUGCUAUGGCCUACCCAGGGUUUACCUUGUGGGGCUGAAGCCCCACUGCCCUCCCAUAUCAUGUCAUUAUGGCAUCUGCCAACAAAAAAAAAAACCAGCCCUAAUUUAACUUCAGAAAAUAAAUGUAGUUCAGCUUUGCCAGCUGUUCUCAAUUGCUGGUGCAUUGGCAGAAUGACUCUUUAUCAUGAAACAGUUGUGAAAUCCAGCUAAGAGAUUGCUGCCUGUUACCUGCCUUAAGCUUCUGGGUAUAGGGACACGGGUGGCGCUGUGGUCUAAACCACAGAGCCUAGGGCCUGCCGAUCAGAAGGUCGGCAGUUUGGAUCCCUGUGUCGGGGUAAGCACCUGUUGCUCAGCCCAGCUCCUGCCCACCUAGCAGUUCAAAAGCACAUCAAGUGCAAGUAGUUAAAUAGGUACUGCUCUGGUGGGAAGGUAAACGGCGUUUCCGUGCGCUGCUCUGGUUCGCCAGAAGAGGCUUAGUCAUGCUGGCCACAUGACCCGGAAGCUGUCUGCGGACAAACACUGGCUCCCUUGGCCUAUAGAGUGAGAUGAGUGCGCAACCCCAGAGACCAUCCCUAACAGUCAGGGGUACCUUUACCUUUACUAUAGGGCAGGUUAGACAUUUACGUUGUUGACUUGCUAUGUUUUCUGGAUUCUGUGAAAGCCCCAAACAUGGAAGUUCAAGUAAAUCAUUAAAAUGAGACUCAUUUUGGCAGAACUGCAUAAUUAUGUUGAGGGCCUGGGCUUUGUUAUGGCAGAAAUUUUGAAUCAUUUUUGGUGCCAGAUCUUCAGCCUUGAUAGAUUGCUGAACUUGCUUGAGCAAGAGCAGAGAAAAUAAGAGCUCUAAGCAGCCAUGCUUGUUCCCCAUUCAUCAGCUGGGGAAUAAGCCUGUGUUCAUUUUCAGUGCCAUGUUUACGGGAAAACUACAGGGAGGUAUUACUUCUCUUGAUACAGGUCCAAAUGUGUUGUUGCCUCUCCUUUCAGCACAAUUAAAAGACAGGCUCUGUGUGAAAUGUAAGUGCCUGCACACAGGGAUAAUUCUACCCUGUGUGUUAACUUCUGUGGCUUCUAUUUUUAUAUCCAUAAAACAGAAGGCAUCAUAUUCAUUAAGCCAAAGAUGAGCUUAUUAAAGAUAUGUCCCCCCCCCCUUCCACUAGGAUUUUCUUCCGCUGGAUUUUUUUUUUAAAGCAAGCAAAAUAGCUGGAGCCAUUCCAUCCAGCUAAAACCAGUAUUAUCACUCCCUUCAGGAUUGUGAAUUCCCAUUUCUUUAAUUAUUAUUUAUUUCCCAUUUACUUCCUAAGCAUGUUCUUUACCUUCAUGGAGUCAGUGAACUGAAGCUGAACCAGAGGAAGCUGUUUUGGUUCACUGGGCCGGUAAUCCCUGAUUUAAAAAUAAAUAACUAAAUAAAAAUCUACAGCAAGUUUGGCAGGACCACAAAUGUAGCCUGCUGAUCAGAGUAGGAAUCGACUACAUCCGCUUCACACUGUGGAAUGUUUAGAGCAAAAGAUACUAAGCAGAGGAGCCCAAUGGAUUUUCUGGCUUUUUCGGCCAGAGAAUCUCAACAUUGGGGGGGGGGGGGUUUGGAAGUGGGAGGAGUAAGAUUCUAGCCCACAAAAGGCAAAGUUAAUAAUAUGUGGAUAGUUUUUUUUGCUGAAGGACUUAAAAUGUAAUUCAUACCCAGUUCCUAAGUCAUAUGCAGUCCCUGCAGCUGAAAUCCUGAAGCCUUGAUUCAUGCCUUCAUGGAUCCUUUGCAGUCUCCUAACAAAGUAUGCCAAGCCAAGAGUGCCGCUGGGUGGAGCUACCCUCAGGAUUGAAUUUACCCCCAAAGAGGUAGUGAUGGCCACCAAGUUAGAUGGCUUUGGAAGAGGGUUAGAUUAAUUCAUGGAGGAUAAGGCUAGCAAUGGCUGCUUAUCAGUAAGCAUCUGAAUACCAGUUGUUGGGAAUCACAAGUAGGGAGAGUGCUGUUGCCCUCAGGUUCUACUUAUAGGUUGGCCAUUGUGAGAACAGGGUGGUGGCCUAGAUGGGGCUUCUUAUGUUCUUAGGGUUCUGCAGGGAGGUUGCCACAGAGCUGCUCAAGUAUUCUGUGGUGUCAGGCUCAGGCAGAGGUGAUGGGAUACCCAUUUGAGUCUAGUCAGCCAAAGAAGCUCUAGGUCCUGCAACAAAUGUAUGGCUGCCAGCCCCAGAAUCCAGAGCUCUAUGACUUAAGUGAGGCCAAAGCUGCCAAAAAGAGCCUCUGAGAUUAGGAUCACCUUAGCUGCAGAGUUUUGGGCCACAAAGAGGGUAGUAGCUAAGAGUUUAGUUCCCUGGUUUGGUGACAGAAGGGCAAAAGCAGGGGUUAUACAAUCUAAUGUUUCUUACUUUAGUCCUGCAUUCUGGUCUUUGACCUCCCUCAUCCACACAGGAUGUGAGCUUGGGCUGUAUAUGUCUGCUUUUUCUAGUUAGCUAUUUUGUUUGCAUUCUGCCUUGGGGUUGUACAUCAGUGCACUAAGCCAAUUGCCCAAGAAAACCCAGUGCACAUACAUCCUUAGCAACUCUACACAUGCUUUCAAAUGAGUUUCACAUGAGUUCUCUAGAACCUUUGUUUUUGUUCCAUUUAGCAUCUAUUUACAGCUUUUUCUCUUGCAGCAAAAACUUUCAAUGACGGUGAAGAUUAUGUACAAUCCACGCAAUGCUUGCCAUCGAAAUUUUGUAAAUGAGAACUAUGGAGUUGACUUGCCAAUAAUGAAUCAGAGACAAACAGCCCCUGUAAGUAACAAAGAUGUGGUUCAAUGGCUUAUUUGUUUCAAUAUUAUUGUAACUAUUGUAAAUUAUUCCCCCAAAUAAUCCAGGCAGGCAGUAUUGCAGCAGCUUUUUGGGGGUGGGUGGUUAGGAGAUGCAGUCCUAGUUCAGAAGAUCAGCCUCAGAAGAAGAUGGGGCUUCAAAUGACAUUGCAUUGAUUUUUUUACAUUUGAUGACAACACCUUCUUGAUGAGUAAACUCUUUCCAUUAAAAAAUUUUGUGCCUGAGGCAGUGGGAGGUAGAAUGAAAGUUGUGUUUAACGUGUUUAAUGUGUGAUGGCCGUUUCAUAUGUUCAACCCACCACUUGAUGUUAUAGUCAUCUGAUGAUUAGUUUGCAUAUACAAACUAGCCCUGAGUCUGUUUCAAUUAGAUUCUCCAUGUUUUCUGUGCUUAACCAUUUUUGGCCAUAAGUUUACAAAAGAUAGCAACUUGGAUCUUGGAAGUUGUUUCAGAUAAUGCACAUUUACAAUAAAUCCUGGUCCUUGAAAAUCAACAUUUUGUUUAAAAAAAUGAUAGGCCAAUUAUGUUUACAAACCACUUGGAUGUAUAACUUACUGAUAUUUAUGAAAAAUUAUCUGCAAAUUAUAUCUAUUACAUGCAACUGUGAUAUAGAAGAAGACAGCACUUGUGAAAAUAUGAAAUUAUUUUAAUUACAGCAAUGGAAAUAUACAAAUUAGCACUGUUAAUUAAAAUUACAUGCAAAUUAUGUUAAUUGCAAGCAAUUAAAAUGUAUAGAUUAGUAUUGUUUGUGAACACAUGAAAUUAUGUUAAUUACAUGUGGCUAAAAUAUGCAGAUUAGCAAUGUUAAUUAAAAUGGGAUGCAAAUUAUGUUAAUUGUCUGCAUCUUAGAGAUGCAAAUGAGCUGCAUCCCUCUAACAUUCCUCUCGCUAGUGAUUUCUGACAUGGCCUAAUGAGCUGCUCACCUCGGUCAUAGAACAUACACCAAGGAAAAUGGCCGUUGAAAUUGCCACAGUGAUAGUUCUAAAUAAUUGCUGUGACCUAGAAGGAGCAUUCUAUCGUUCUCAUUUUCAUAAAGAUUGCUGCACAGCCAUAGACUUAUACUGGCAUUUUGGUCCCAAUAUCCAAAUAAAUAAAUAAAUAAAUAAUGUAAACUUGGAACCUCUUCAUUUAUUCAUAAGGAAGAAUUUAAUGCUGUGGCGAUCUCGAGUUUUUACGAGUUGCUGUCUUCUGCUGCCCGUUCAACUAAGUUACUCCAAUUGCUCCUUUUCCUCUUCCGCUUUUACUCUGUGUGUGUGUUUUGUGCUAUGUACGCAUGUAUUUGAAUUAAUCUCCUACGGGAUGCAUGCAUACAUUUUUAAAAUGACGGCAAUAAAGCAAUUUCUUUCAUUUCAAAUGAACAGGAGAGUGGAUAGAAGCAGUGUAAGAUCUGAAGAAAAGAAUAUACUGUACACACACACACACACACACUUUAAAUGCCUGCAUAUGGCUGCAAUUACAAAGAAAACCAUAAUUUUGGCAUCAGUAGCAGAAUUAGACUUAAAUUGAUGUUCCACUGCAGUAAACUGGAAUACGUUGACUGCAUUUAUAAGAACAUAACAGGAGACCACAGUGAAUUAAUAAACUGUCCCUUUCACCAAAAAUAAGAGAGGGAAUAAUUGGUGAGACAGAGUUAAGUGAACAGAUGACUACAUUCAGCCUCCUCUCAACCUAGAAAUGGGAAUGUGAAGGUCACCCCUAUCCUGGAUGACAAACGGAGAGCUCUUUGUUGGUAAACAAAUUAAUCUUUGGAAAGGUCACCAUUUGUUUUACAUUUUUUAUCCAGUUCUUGUCAUCUGGAAUCCAAGAUUGACUGUCAUUCUGCAAGGCGGAGUGCAGCUGAAGCGGCUUCCGUCCGUAUCAGCAUUCUUUGACGGAGCUCGGCGCCUGAUUGAGAUGCUAUGGGCUGCUGGCUUACAGCUGUCGCCGGACCAGAAUGAAGGCCCAGCCCAGAAUUCCAAUAAGCAGCGCUGGCCAAUUCUGCCUGGUGUAAGCUGGCCCUCUGCCCACAAGUAAAAUGUAUGGCACUUCGAGCCAGCAAUUAUCUCGCUCACUUCCUUCUGUGCUGCUUCUGUUUCGUUUUUUGAAAAGCACAUGUGGCACAGACUGGAGUUGUGUAGCUAUUUUUGCACAAACACCUGGUACGGUAGAGUUUUGAGAUGGAUAGAUUUGGGGGGGGGGGGACUUUUGGUAGGUUUUCAGUAAAAAAAGUAUUUCCUAACAGUUUAAAGGCAGACCAUGCACACAAAGAACUGAAAGGGAUUGACUCAGUGAGAUGGUAAGGAGGCUGCAGACUUAACCUAGUGGUUAAAGGGAUGAGCUAUGAAAUAUUUAUUUCAAAUGUCAUGUUAACUAUGAAUUCAUUGAGUGACCUGAAUAUGUCGUAACCCCCACCCCACUAAUAUUGGCCUAGCUUACAAAACUGUUGGAAGGAUUACUGACAUAUUUGUUAAGCGCUUCUAACUACUUAGAGAGAGAGGGCAUAUUCAACUCAUGGAAAUCUUUAAGAAUAGAUAAUGGUGCAGUGCUCUUGAUUUAAGGCUUUAUUAAAUGUGUAAAAACAUCUGUAGUUUACAUUAUCUUUAUAUCUAGUACCUCCUUUUUCCACAGUCAAAAAGCAUUUUAAUAGAGAGUGACAAAAUCAGGAGGGUUUUUUUUCUUCCUUUGGAAGACUAUCAAAUACUCAAACUUAAGAGUUUCAUCACAGAUGGAAAGUAUUUGGGGUUUUUUUUGCACAGACUAUAUAUUUUCCAUGUGUCCAUAAUUUUAUGAAAUCAAUUCCAUGGGCCACUGAUAAUAUGAAAUAAUUAUCCAACUAAUUUGUCAGUGUCACUAAAGAGCAGCAUCUGAAGCCAAAUCUGCUUGUGAUCCGUCAUAAGCACUGAUCUGACGCUAAGAGAAAACUUGUCUGUCAGCUACUCAGCUGUGCAAGUAUAAGGUGGACAAAGUGAUGGUAACCUCCAGUGUCCAUUCCCCUUUUCUGAAAUGCGUUUCUCCCUCAAAAGCUUCUUUUGCCUCUGCACUCCUUUGUUAAUAACAAAAGAAAUACAAUGAGCUAAACAGAAAAUCUUUUUUUUUGGCGGGGGGGUGCUCGGUUUAAAUUGAAGCAGAGAAAAAUAACCAUAUUGAGUGGGAGUUCUUAUCCACAAGAGAAAUGCACUUCAAAAAGACUAAUAGAAUUGUUUUGUCUCAGGCCUCAAGUUAAUUAUACACAGAAUUGCUUGAGAUCAGGAGAAAAUACUUCUGCAGCACGUUCCAGGCAUAUUAUGCAGAGCAAAUGUUUGCCGGCAGCCCGAAUUAAGAUCUCUCUUCUAACCUUUGAAAAUUGUGUUCUAAUGUAAUGUUUCUCUUCGCCAGAAUGUUUCUGUGAAAUUAGAUAUGUCAGAUUCAUUGUGUUGUAAUGAGUCAUCCGUGGGGAUUUUUCAAGAAAGAUCUGGUGACAAUGUUGGUAGAUUCUAAUCUGAUUCCUUCCUGCUCCUGAGAUUACCACAGACCAAACCUGGUCCAAAGAAAGGUUGUUUGUGUGAAUGCCUCUGUUGGGGAAGAAGGGGGGAAGCAUUCCCUUGGUGGCAAGUGUUAUGUUGCUCUCAAAUGGUGUGUUCAGGCUUACAAUCAGUUGAUGGCUUAGGCUGCAAUUCUAACCCCACUUACUUAGUAGUAAGCUCCAUUGAAGUCAAUAAGACAUGGUUAGGACUGCAGCCUUAGUGUUGGAACCAAUGCCGGACAUGGCACUGCAAUUGAAGGAACUUACACUUGACAGUAGUGUAAAGGUUGGGGGGGACGACUAAAUUCUUCUUUUUGUUUUUACCUAUGGCAGCAUUCCAUAGUCUUUGAGUUUAGGCAACUUCCUAGGUAACUUUCACACCACCAGCUGAGAGUGUGUUGCAGUGGGCAAUGGGUGCCUUUCCCCACUAUCAUAAAUCUGGAAAUAUGAAAUGAACUGAAUCGUUUUGGCCUCCCAACUUUGCCCCUAAUUCUCUUCCUAAGAACACUGUCAUGUAUGACAAAUAGGCACAAUCUGUCUGUAGCCCACCCAUUCUCUUCUAGGUUAGUAAGGAGCUGUUUCCUAACUAACUAAUUGAUGCUUCAAGCAUGGAGGUGUGGAGAAUGGACAAAGCACUUUCUGUCCCCUCCUGCUUUCCUUAUGGUGUGUCAUUCAUUCUCCAUCUCUUUUCUCCUGACAGCUCUUUGCUGUGGCCUUUGCUUCACUUCUGAUGAAAGAUAUCUUCAGUUGUGAAGAUAAUUGAACAGCCUUUGAUGGUCAAGUCCAACGCCUCUGUAUUCCCCACCUCCUGUUUUGUGCUGAAACAGAGGUGUAAAUUGACAGCCCAAGCUCAGAUUUUGCCGCUCACUUAUUUGACAUAAAGUAGUGAAUAAGCACCAGACUUAAAACUGCUCCGUGUUGCAGAUGUUAGAUAUGAUGAAGAGCCAUUCAUGUACACUGGGCCCAUCACUUAUGUAAGGGUUCUGUCCUAGGGGUCCACGUGCAAAGGCAAAAUAACAUAAAGCCAGGAAUGCCCAGAACCAUCAAUCCCAUGCAACCAUCCCUACCUGUCCAGAGUGGGCUUCUAGGAGUGUUCCAGGGCCCUUGCGUGAUCCUCCCAGAGACCAGUAACCAGGCAGAGGGCUUAAAAAGCUAUUUCUGUGGUGGGUUUCCUGUUUGUUUAAUUAAUUUUUGGCUAUUCACCUUGAAUCAUGAUUGUUUAAGUAGAUUAUGAAUGAGUUGCGGGCCCACUGUAUACUAUAUAUCAGGGAACUGAGUGAGUUUCACCAGGCCACCAGAAAUAUCCCAAAAUGGAGUGUUUGUGGUGGAAGGAUGAGAUUUGCCUAAACCACUUUAUGAACUACCACAGGGAACAAUUUUAAAUGGCCUUAAUAUGAUGGCAGUUUCAGAAUAACCAGUUUUACAUUUUCAGCAGGGGUGGUUAACCUGUGGCCACCUCCAUAUGAUGCUGGACUACAGUUCCCAUCAUCCCUGGCACAUUGACAAAAACACCCACAGGCUUUUACAAAGAAUUAGCUAGGUUUCAGCAAUGACACUAUGUAAACCAAGGGAGGUUAACCUGUGGCCCUCCAGACGUCUGUGGGUAAAAGCCUGUGGGUGUUUUUGUUUUCAUAAAUUUAUUUUAUUAUUUAUAGCAUAGCGGACAUCACAAGACAUUGAUUAGAUUUUAAUUAACUCUCCUUUAAAUUGCUUCAACCGCUGACAGUCAACAAUCGUGUGGCAUGUUCCUAAGCAGUAAAAUCUGAGCUCAUACUGUUUUUUAUUAUUAAACCUUAAUGAAACUAUUCAUAGCGGAAAUGGUAUUUAUUAUUUAGCCACGCGUGCGUGAAGAACUCCUUAAUAUCAAAAAAGUUUGCAGCUGAUGAAGGAAUAGGUUUCCUCUCAUCUCUCCUUAGGCACCAACUCAGAAGAUAGCAAAAGGUGUUACAGUCCCCAGCCUCUCAGUAGCUCCACCUUCCUUCCAUUUGAAGAAGGUUUCCUUUCCAGUUUCCAAAACAGAUGCGGAGAAAGGUCAGUCAUAGCUGCGUGCCCAAUCCUCUGGGGUUUAUUUUGCUAUACUUGUCCUGGCAUGUAUGUUAUGCUGGGCAUAUAUAACUUCACCUAGACCACUGGUUGGCAGCCAGUUUGACUGGUGAGCUGUUUUAAAUAGGGAUGAAUGGGCAGCACCUGGCAGGAAAUUCACUCACUGUUUUUCCCUUCUCUCACCUCUUCUUUGCAUGGUGUGUGAAAGGGGAAAGAGUGUAAGGACAAAUCAGAAGUGAAGAUUCCAUCCUUCUGUCAUGGGCAUCUCUGCCUCCCUCCCCCUUCCAGUGGAGGCUAGUCUGUGAGGGCAAAUGUGGUGCUGCCCCACCAGCCUCAGUCUACUCUCAGCCAGCCCCAAACUGCCUAUGGUCUUAUUUACAACCAGUCCUGGGGUUGUCCCUAGCUGUCAGCUUCCUUCUUAGUGAAAAACUAAGCAGGGAUGGGAGGGAAACUGGAAUAUUGUAGUUGACUCUGUCCAUCAUUGGUUCAGGAGCUAUCUGCUGUUGGGCUGCUCCUUACCUUCUGCCCAGGGGGCACCAGACUGCUCCCCUCCCACCUCAGUCAUAUUCCAACUGGAGUUCAUAGUGAAAAGGAAAAAGAAUACUCUCAUUUAUACAUUCUUCUUCCUCUUCCACCUUGAUCUCCUUUGUGAACCACUUCCUGUCUCAGAAGUUUGAGAGAGAUGGAAGCAAGAGGGAAUUCCUUCCUUCCUCCCAGCAUUCUUCCAUCUCUCCCUCCUUUUCACCUUUACCAAAGGCAAAUGUUAGUCUUAAAAAUGUUGCUUGGUAGCGGUGCAGCAAUAAAACUGCUGGUACAUUUUGCAAAGCUAAGCAGGGUCCAGUAUGGUUUCAGAUUGGAUGGGGAACCACGGGUUGAGAUUCCUGUGUUAACAGGGGAUUGGACUAGAUGGCCCUCGGGGUCCCUUCAAACUCUACAGUCCUAUGAUAUUGGUGGGCUGGCUUUAGGACUGAGGAGUUUACACUUCCCAGACCAAGCUGCUUCUGAAAGAACUUGUUGAGUCUCCCUGGUUUUUAUCUAGGGAUCCUGAAUCUUAUUGAAAGAGGCCUGAUUCCACGUGCAGCUAGGAUUACUCUAGCGAAGCCUCCCAUUCUUCCUCAGGCUGCUCCUCUUCAUGAAUCUCAUGAAAAGCACAAGAAACCAGCUGCAGGUAGGCACAAAGAGAUGCUGCUGAUACUGUAAAGGAGAAACUUUCUCCAUUGUCUGGUCAGUGUUCCAUAUUUUGGCAAUGACGUUGGUGUUUCUAAGGACUAGUGGUCACAGCAGCAGACAAACCCAGUAGAGUCUGAGGGUGAUUUUUCUUCCUUCCUUUCUGGUAACUUGCCAGAACAGUUACUCCCCUAUUCUCAUCUGAGGGCAGCCAUUCCAGCACUGGGAGAGCUGAGUAGCAAAGCUUACCCCAUCAGCUCUGCUUUGACAGGCCAGCUCCAUCAGGCCUCCUCUCGCCUCAACUGUCAUCUGAGGGCAAACAUUUCAUCAGGCUGCCUCAGAGGGAGAGAUGGGAAGCAGGGCUCAUUCUGUCUGCUUUGCUAGAGGCCCAGCUCCAUCAGGCACCUCCUGCCUCUGAACUUUACGAGUUGGUCAAUAUAGGAACAACUGUCUAGAAAUUGGUGCCUGAGUUUUGAGUUUUAUUUUCUUCUUUCCUCCUUGUCCCUUUCCCCUUAUCUGUUGUAUUAUCGUUUGUUUGAACAUAAAUCUGUGGGUAGGGAAUGUCUUGUUUUGAUUUCAUGUAAGCCACUUUUGGGUGAUGAGCAGUGUACAAAUGCUCUAAAUAAAUAGACUUCAUUUUGUCAAGCUUGCUUGAGCUGACCAAUGGUUUUACCAUUGCCAGCCUGCCUUUUCAGCACCCAGGCUACAAGCCAUCCCACUCUGCCAAAGCCCAGCCUCCUGGCAUCACAUGGUACUCUUCGGCAAAUUAAACUGUAACAGCAGCUCCUCUUCUGCUAAGAAUAGGAGUCUGGACCCAAAAAAGUUCCAUUCUGCCUCUGUCCGCUUUGUACCUGAAAAUGCAUUUCCAGUGCCAUGUUUUUUGUGUCUGUGGUUGCCUCCAGCUGACCUGUUUGUUGAGCAUUCAUCCUGAUUUGUUUGCAGGGAGGUUGUUUCUUGCACUUUCAUCUUCAUAAGAAGUCUAAUUUGAAUGUCUCACCAUGUGUGAAAAUCAACUUGAAUUUGUCUGUAUGUGACUGAAUCUCCCCAGAAAAUAGCUACAGCCUGGAAGAGUCCAAAUUGCAACCUGUAGUUUAAUACAGUGGAUGCUUAUAGUUGUAGAUUUCGUUGGAAAUGUUGGGAAUAACAAAACAGAUCUAGUCUUAAUUCCCUGUGUAUUUCACCAUUCAUCAAGGUUAUUUAUUUAUUUAUUUAGAUUUGAUACCUGAUGUUUAGUGACCUAAUAUUUACGUUUAAUAAAAGCUGUUCAAAACAUUCAUCCCUUCUGUAGAUGGAGGUGUGGAGAGCAACAAAGGAGAAGUCCUGGCUCCUCCUCCUUAUCCAAAGUCCGGGCCCACCUCCACCUUAAGCAAGGGAAGAGGAGGAAGCAAGGGCAACAUUGCUCCACCCCCAUCCUGCAUCUCUGUUAUUUCACCCAAGAAAUCAAAGUUGCCCCUAAUUCAGGCAAUUCAGAAGCGGGCAUUGUCCAAGUCGUCUUCCAUGGUGCUAAAGGUAUGACAGAAUGAUUUCCAUCCUGUAAAUGUUGGGUAUCCAUUUGAUUCAUAGCACCCAGCUACAUAACCCCAGUUUCAAGUGAAGCGAUUUUAAUAUGGCUUUCUACAACCUGGUGCCCUCCAAAGGUUGUUGGACUCCCAACACCCUUCAAGUCCAGCCAGUGCGCUGAUGGGAGUUCUGAUCCAAAAUAUACGUAUGGUACGCACCAGAUUUGGAAAGGCUGAUAUAGCAUUCAGGACUCCGUAUGCAGAUUAGCUUUCCUGGGGAUGGAGCUGUCCUCUCCAUUGAAGUGAACAGGGAAUCCCUCACAGACUCCAAAUGUAGAUUGGGACAUAUUGUCAGGACUGAGCUAUGUCCAGUUGUCUGAAGUGAACCAAAACUGGAACUCGGUAGUCAGAGUCCGGGUCAGAGACACACAAGUGUCAGGAAGACCUUGUUGCUCAGGCAAGAUCUUACACCUAAGAGGAAUCCUUUUUAUAGCUGUUCCUGUCAAGGAGGACUUAGCAGCCAGUCCAGAGUCUGAAGGUACUUCACUGCUAGGAAGGUGUUCCAAGCCACACAUUUGCUAGAUCAUGGAACAGCUGCACAGAGAGCUGCAUGUUCCUAGUUCUAGCUGCGCCGACCCCAUGAGAGUCCUCCUGACACACAAACAAAGAAAAAAUAGCUAUUACAUCAUGGUUGGUCAUGUUAGCCCCCAGCCUCUUCCCUAGUAGCUUUCUCAGUGCACAUUUAGAUAAACAUUACUCUUCUUCAGUUGACCCAUAAGGUAUUUUAUUUCUCGUUUGUGAUUGAUCAAGACCAUCCUUGCAUUGGCAGCAUUAUUAGUAUUGUUGUUGUUAGCAGUAUUUAUAAUCCGCCCUUGGACCCAAAGGUUUCUAGGGUGGUACACAAAAUUCAGCGUGACAGUAUUGCAUAAAAAGCAAUAACACCAAAAGUAAUAAGCCCUUAAAUCACUCAUUUCCAUAGGAAUAAAUACAUCUAGUGUGGUCUAAAAACAGAUAAGGUGAAGGGUAUCUGUAUCUCCAGUGGGAGGAAAUUUCACAGCAGGAGCCAAUGCAGAGCUUGAAGGAUCAGUAACACAUUAUCUCACACUGCACACAGCUGCAGCUUCUGGACCAUCUUCAAGGGAAGCCCCACAUAGAGCACAUUGCGGUACCCUAAAUAAAACUGCAGAGCUUGUGCUACCAGAGCUUGUGAUAUUGUAGCUAGGUUAGAUGCAUGUUGCAUUGGUAGUCAUAAUAUUCCAGGAUUUGGAUCCUUAGGAUCUCAUUGUAGGUAUUUAAUGGGACAGCAUGUCUCCACUGCUUGUCUUACUCCCCUUAUGUCUUUCACUCUUUCCAUAGACCGCAGAAAUAACAUCAUCUCCGACCUUCCAGAAUCUCUCUUUAGAGUUUGAGAUACCAGUUCGCAAGGGAGCCAUAGACUACACGGCUCUUGAUCUCCAAGAGUUUAAAAAUCACUGCUGCUUAUUCUGGGGAAGUGUCCUUUCCUUCUUGGAGCACGUCUCUAACUUUUUGAAGGACUAUGCUGUUCCCUCCGCCAUCGUCAAGGGGAAGAGAGUGAUGGAGAUCAUUCCAGAUUUUGAGCUGAACCAGAGGCCAACUAGGGAGGAAAUUCUCUCUGUGAUAAAGAACAUUUCGGCAGUCAAAAAGCUCUUAAGUAAACCUGGCCAGAGAUACAAAGGCCAGAAUGGCACUGCAGUAGCAGCUACCAAGAUACAGGCAUUAUGGAGGUGUUACAAAUUCAGAAAAGCCUACAUCACCUUCAGGCAGCAGCAGUGGGCCUCGGGAGUGAUUGCCAUCUCUUGGCUUGUGCAUGUUCACCGGGGGCGUGUCAGAAAUACCCUGAAGGAAUCGCGACAGAGACACCUGGAGAAUUUCUACAUCAGGGCCAAGGUGCGCAAGGCUGCCAGCUGUUCUGGCAGUGCUCCUUCUCUAAACAUCACUUGCUUGAGUGGUUGCGUUAAAAUGCUACUAUUUUUUCAUUUAACUGUACACAUGUCCAAGCACAUUUCAUCCUUCAUUAGAUGUUCAGUCUUCUGUGCAUAAGUUCUCUCCUCAACCCCCUCUUCUCACAAAAAGGAGCGGGGGGGGGGGGUUUCCACCCAGAACUGCUGCCUGUUUCCUCCCCUCUACAUACUAGGGGGGCAAUUCCUCUUUUUCUACUUGGGUCACUCUUGUUAGAAAACUAUCUAGUUUUUCUAAAUGGAUUGACAGAGGCUGAAAUUAGACAUCACAAUGAAUGUGGUAUUGUGGCUGAAAAUGGCAACCCUAUUACGUUUCCCCUCCCCACAAUUCUAUGUAUUUAUGUAUACUGUUCAUAUUCUUCUUAACAUAAAAAAAUCUUUAAGUGGGGUAAAAAAGUACAAUAAUAAACAGCUAAAAAUGAAGAGAUGCAUAUAAAAAUACAGUGAAAUACUCAAUCAUCUCUCUUAACUUGCACAAUCUGAAAAACUUUUCAACAUCCAGGCUUUUGUCAUAUGCUGAAUCACACCUCUUUACCCUGGCCAUUGACACCCAAGAUGUGUGUUUCAGGACCCACCCUAUUCCUGAGACAAAUAACUUUAAUAAUAAAAAUAUUAAUAAAUUUGGAAUGAGCCUAACAUGGGCAGUGUUCGGUGAAAUGCUUCUGUUAGUGCAACAAAACUUGCCCCAUCUCUCUCCUCAACGCCCUCCCCAAGUCUGGAGAGUUGGGUCACUCUAGGGCAGACUGAGAGGCCACUUAGAGAGAGGAGUUGGACAGGAAAUUCCCUUGGAUGGCCAAAAGUAGCAAAAGCAUUUUGUUGGAUACCACCCUGUGCUUCCAUUUAGACAUGGUACUGGGGAGUGUAGGGUGUACUUGAUUCAGUGCUGCCAUUUUGGGUAGCAAAGCACACAUCUGUCUUCCAGUCUAGUUCCACUCGUUUCUCCCUUCAUCUAUGUUUUCUCUCUGCCCGACCUUUCCUCUCCCCUUACACCUGUGCUGUGCACUUGAUUUGGGGGGGUGGGGUGGAGGGCGGAGAGAAUUCUCACUUGCUUCUGUAGCAGUCCCUACUUUGUCAGAAAGUACUUAAGUUUGCAGACAGGCUUUUAAUUAGUGCUCACCAUUUCAUUUAUGUUUGCUUUCUUUUUUUUCAUUCAUAUUCUGUUAAUUAAGUGAUCAGCCUCUAAUCUUCCCCUGCCAGUAGCUUCAUGUAGCCAUCUAAUUAAAUUAAUUGGGGAAGAUGUUUUAAGUAUGUGAUUAAAUCAAUUAAUAUAAUUUAUGCCUGGCUUAACUGUACAGUGGGAAAAGGGAAGGGGGGAGGGAAACAGCUGAAGUUUGACUGGAUUGUAUCCGCCACAGCUUCCCCCUGUCACUGAUCAAUGCCUUCUCUUGAUUUUUAGCAUCUGGCCGCCAACUGGAAUCGCAUCAGGACCUCUAGGAGGACCAUUAUCCAUAUCCCAUCAUUAGGUAUAACGCUUUUGUCUCUGGAUCUAUCAGCAACCUCUAUUACCCACCACAUUAUGACUCCUUGAUUGAGUUCAAGGAAGGCCCUUGUUUUAUUCAAAUUGGUCUCGGCAGGAAAAUGUUGUCGACAUGAUGAGAGUAAUAACACAGGGCCUUCGCUUGAAACGGCGUUUAAUUUGGGGAUUAAGCAAAUAAAGUCAUUAUGUAGAGGCCGCUAUUCAGUGGAGAGGUGAUUUGCUGUAAUUCGCUUUCAUCUGUAUGAAAUGAACUAAAAAGUUGUAUUUUCCCCUCCCUUCUCUCCCCCCUCCCCUCCCCUCAAUAUAGCAGAUAAUGUUUCCAGUAUCCGUUAAUGACAGGGGGGACAUGGGCUUGCCUGCUUCGUUGCUAUUACACCAAUAAACUGGGAUCUUGCUCGCGCCCUGUUUUUAAUCAAAUGUGCAGUCAAAAUGAUAAGCUGCAUUCUCUGAAAUUAUUUAGUUCUAAUUACGAGCAGAUGGGAUGCUUUAUUUGCACCUUGGGCGCCUGAGCAAAAGGAGAUGCUAUGUGCACAAGAAUAAUUAAGAAGUUGAAUAGUGGGGUUUUCCCCCCGUACUUAAAUAAUCUGCAGUUUCAUGUUAAUUAGCGCUAAUGUAAUUAUUUAAUUACAUUUAUGAAUUGGGGGGCUUUAAAAAGUCUUUCCUGGAAAGUGAUGGGGUAGCCUGAGUGUUUUUUCAAAAGGGUAGAAAUAUUCUCUCUAGGAAAUUGGUGAAAAUAGAAGCCGUGGUCGCAGAUUUUAAAAUCCACUUAAAUUCAGGAAAUGUAGUUGGCUUAAUCCAAAGGAGUGAAAACUAUGUAAGAAGUAUUAAAUGCUUCUCUUCAAUAUAUGCAUCUUUGCUCUUGCUUAUGGUUUCAGCUUGAAGAGGGGGUGAAUCUCUGGGGUGACUUGGCUGGCACAAAAUGAACAGAAUGAAGGGGCAAUUUCAUAGCUGUGAAUGUCCCAACAAUUGUUUGCAAUCCGUUAGUCUUAUUCAGUCAUUCCUCUUCAAAACCACAUGUAAAGUGUCACAGUGGUUUGGAAUAUGCAGCCUAUCUUCCAUUUCUAUCAUAGUACCUUAUCAUUUUAUUUUGUACUUUCUACUGCUCUUGACCUAAAAUGCAAAGAGGAGUUGGGCAAUAAUUUUUAUGGCUGGCAAACAAACAUUUUUAGAUCUUUGGAAUCAGACGUCAGCAAUAUUACCACAUGCUUAGUGCUUUUAGAAGUCCUUUCUAAUUCUUUUGAUAUAAUAAAAAUAGAUGAAGAUUUUUCUGCAAGUGAGCCCCAUUAAUAUUCUAUAUAACCUUUUGCUUUCUGUUACCUCUAGCAAAAUAUACAAAUGUCAUUGGAGAUUAUGCAAAUGUCUUGAAGAUGUUUUUUAAAGAAAUAAUUUGUUUCUCCUUUUUGAGAUCAUUUGACAGAAAAAUAAAAUGUUGGUGCUAUAACUAAAGGGGUAGCAAUUAGCGUCUUUAGAAUAUUUGCACUUUAAAAAGACCAUUUCAGUUUCAAAACUGACACUUUGUCUGAUCUAUGGAAGGCACUUUCUGGCAUCCAGGAACCAGACAAAUUCUAUGGAAGUAUCCCACUGAGUUCAAUGGGGCUCACUUGCAGGCUGAGAGAGAUACUUCAUUCAGUUUGCAUUUGAAGAUGUAUCUAGCUAAAUUGCACUUCCUGAAACAAUAUGUAAACUGAAACACCGUCAUCCUUCCAUAUUUUAAUAUACCCAAAUUUUGUAAUGCAAUCAAGUAAUAUGUACAAAAAUGCAUAUAUUAGGUAAAUGCAUGUUAGGAGAAAUCACUUCCCAAAAUGUGUGUAUUAGGUGAAAUUGCAUACAAUAAUCUAUAUAUCAAGAUAACUUUGCACUAAAAUGCUGGUGAAUUUUUAGGACAUAAAAAAAAAGAAUCCACAAACUGAUGUAACACUUUUAGUUCUUCUUCUCUCUCUCUCUCUCUCUCUCUCUCUCUCUCUUUAUUUUUAAAUAAUAUUUUUCAGCUUUUAGUACAGCCUCACCAUAAAUGUUUAUAUCAAAGCAGGAGAAGUCUACUUAACUGUUUUUUGUGUUGUUUUUAACCACAGUAUCGGACCACUCCUCUCCACUCACAAGUUUGUGUUAGUAUAAAGAAACCAAACUUCAUUUUUGUCCAUAUGGCAAGUAGCCACGUCCUUAGAUUGGCAAUCAUAACUAUAUGUACUGGACAUAAAUUCAGAUGAGUGAGGCAUUCUUCCCAGUUCGUCAGUUUCUCUGUAGCAGCAAAUGCUUGAGAAAAAGAAUCACCACAGUACACAAAAAGAAUCACCACAUAGCACAAAACAUGCCAUUAAACUGGUGUUUCUGGAAUGUUAUGCUGGUGUUUGCUAAUGUUUCACCUUGGGCAGCAGGCUAAACUUGCAUUUCACAAUAUUUGUAGAUAAAGCUAAAGCAAAUAUAUUUGUUCCUUUGCUGCUUUUGUGUGCAAGCCUUGUUACUGGCAACUUUGUCUCUGAAAGAGUCAGUCACUUUAAGACUAGAAAUGAAAGUGCAAAAAAUCAAAGCACACCAUGUGCCCUUCCUUGAUCACGGUGUAUCUUGUGAAUGUUAUGCUUUGAUUCUUGAGCAUCAAGGAACAGUAUUGUUGAGGAACAGCCAUCAUUCUAACAUUAAUAGUUUGCCUGUGUUUAAGAGACACUUGUUGAGAGUGCAGGAUGGGGAGACAAUGCAUUUUCUGUAACCAGCCUGCUAUAAUGAUGCUUUCUCUUUAAAAACAGCUGGUAUUAAAAAUGGUGUGCAUAUAGUUUUUGACUUAUGUAAACCUUUGGAAUUGGAAAAACGAAAUGACAUUUUGAUUAGUUGGGUAUGUGGUUCAUUUUUCUCUGUUCAUAUUCAGCUUAUCUUGAUGGCAAUACAGUCAAAAUGCCUUGUAAAUUUUCAGUGCAAUUUUGGGAAAAUGAAAUCACUCCAUCAACAACAAUUUAUUCAUUUAUUGACCAUAAUAUUUAACAAGCAAAGGAUAGGUCAAAGGGGGGAAAUGUAGUAAUCCGUUUCAAAAAUAAUUUGAAUUAUCAAGCAUUAAAAGUCUAGUAUUAAUAACAAUAUUUAAGAAUUUAGCUAAUAACAAAUGAUUUUUUUCCUUUGAAAUGUCAUCUUAGUGGCCCAUUUCAUUUGCAGUAAUACUGAAGGGCAAUAACAUAGGUUGCAUUCAUUGUGAGAGAAUUUUUGUGUUUUUAGAAUAAUUCUUCCACUUGGACGUUUUAUUUUCAAAUGAAUGACAGAUCCCCUCCCUGCACUGCAUAAUAUUUAAUAUUUAAAUCUACGACUGUGCUUAAUCUACUGUCUUGUCCAGUUCCCUUCCAUUAUCUGUCGUAACCUCUAGGAAAUCUCCCGAUUACACAGAGGACUGUUCUAUGAACACAUUAGGCAAAUGCCGUAGUGGGAUGCAGGUCUUCAAUAAAAAACAUUCCAUCCUGUUUCCUAAAUUAACAUGUGAAUUAAAAAAAUUAAUACUACUUUUGAAAUUGCAAUAAGGCGUUCCGGCCAUGAUUUAUGGGUUAUGAUGGUGCAGAAAGGGGUUCUCGCCAAGUCAAAUGCUGGGCUAUUGUGGUGUUACAUCCUAAUAAAAUAAACAGUUCUGCUCCGCAGCACAGCUCUGGUGAAGCUGCAUAUAAUGUAUGAUUAUGGAAGCAUUCCCUUCUCCCCUUAACCCCACUAACCCAUCUUAAACCUCCUUUAGCUGUUGAAUGGGAGUUUUUGUUUCUGACUACUGCUCAGUUUUCCUACACGUGUGCAGAGCAGUGAGCGUCACAAAGGCAGUUCCUCAGUACAAGGAGCCCUGCUUGACAGUUCCUAGAAGUGAUCUUACUGUGAGACCAGUGGAUUUCCAGAAUAAAACCUAGUAUCUACUCGUGGGCUGAAUGUGGCUACCUGGAGAAGAUCUGCCUUUUAGACCCAAGUCCACCAGCAUCCUUGAGCAGAUCACAGUUUCCUGUUGUAUAGAAUUUUUUUACCUCUGUGGUAGUUAAGAUGGCAGGCGGCUGGAUUCUCACCAGUGGUGCUGUGCUUUUCAGUGUGCCCAUCCUCCCCAUAAGCAAGUAAAAAAGUGGGGAAUGGACAGGAGAUUUGGACCCUCUAGUAAUAUUCAUGAGCUCCACAGAGAGCUUCUGAAGAUUUACUGCUCAAUUUCCGCUCAUAAUUCUCCUUCGGAAAUGUGUAGUCUUCGUGCACAUUGCAGCAAUAUUGCUAUCUCUACUAUAUGCUCAUAACAUGGGGCUGCUCAGUCGGUAGAGCAUGAGGCUUUUAAUUCCAGGGUCGUGGGUUCAAGUGCCAGGUUGGGCAAAAGAUUCCUGCAUUUCAGGGGUUGGACUAGAUGACCCCUGUGACCUCUCCCAACUCUGUGAUUCUACACUUCUAUGUUUUUGUGCUAAGGCAGCCUUUGCCUGCCUGAUGCCCUCCAUAUAUUUUAGACUGCAACUGGGAUUAAUGGGAGUUGUUGUUCAAAUAAAAUGGAGGGCACCAGGCCUAUGAAGGCUGUGCUAAGAUUUGCCACCCAUCCACCAAUGCUUCCUUUAAGGUACCAGAGGCUUCUCACUAUUAGAAUCAGGUAGGUGUCUGCUGUGGGAAGGUCAGGCUGUACCUCAUAUCUCCUGGUUUAGGGAUUCCUGGUCGUGACACCAGGAUAAUGUCACAAACAGUGUACAUGGCACUAUUAUUAAGGACAUGCACCCUGAUAGCUUAUUCAGACCAGCUCGGAGUGUUAGUCUCAAAGCAGAUUUCUGUUUUUCUUGUCAAGCUUUGGCAGAUUUUGCUUUUUCACUCAGGAUCUAAUAAUUAAUCAUCAUGUUGGGGAACAGAAGGAACUUCCCCUUAGGGGAAACUGCUGGGCUACCUUUCACCUUCCAUUGUGGCUCAUAGUUUGGUUUGCUCACGUGAGCAUCUGGAAAGGAUUUGCUAAACUUUCUCCUUGCUCUGCUACCAUCUUGUUGCACCUUUGGUUAUUCCUUCAGAUCGUCCAGGCCAUCUGAGAUGAUAACUCAGAUUGCUAACUUAAGUGCCCUUAUUUCGGUAUACGCUUCCAUUUCCCCAGCCAGACUCCCACACCCCAAGAAAUAUGUUUAGGAACACAGUAUUGUGGGUUAUGAUAUGGAGGAUACUAAUCCAGUUAAGGAGAUUGGUUGCUUAAGGUUACUUUCUGAUAGCUUCUUCUGUUAACACAAAUGAUAACUAAAUAGAACUUCAGUUGUAGCAUAUGUCAUACACCUUUACAUAGUCUUUACCUGAUGUUAUAUAUGAACGACAGAGAAAAGCUUUUGUUUUCAUAUUCUGCAUGUAAACUUUCCAAAAGCUCUGUUUACUGUUGGAAGCAUGAAGCUGUGCCACAUAGCAUUCAUAUAUAUGCUUGUAUAAUGAUUUUUUUCAGUGCUCAAGUUUUGACUUUUCACCCACCCAACACAGACAAACACAAAGAUGUGUGUCUAGAAUGUCUACUACUGCUGCUUUUCCAAAAUGUAGAGCAUUGAGGACAAUUUUUCCAUGUUGUAGCAUUUUUUUCCAGGAAUUUUGGCCCUGUUUCUGAAGAUUCUUGGUACAUUAGUCAUAUGGAAAAGGCAUUGCUUUAAUCUUGUUAGCAAACCAUUCAAGAACCCACAUCAAGCCUGUGUUUGUUAAGCAGCACUUGCUAUUGAUUUCAUGACAGCUCUUUCUUUUGCCAAUUGAUCUUUUUUGUUUGUUUACAUUAGGACAGUUUUUAGGCAGGCUAACAUUGAAUUAGCUAAGUUUAAAGUUGUAAAUUGGACAUACUAACAGUUGAUGCAUCCUAUGUACUCAUUUUCAGUCCUAUAACAAAGAAAAGGUUUGCCAUCCCCUAAGCAGUGUGUUCUGGGUAACCCCACACAAGUUUUACUUUAAAAGCGGGUAGCAGAAGUCCUUAGUGGAAUGAAUGAAAAGUGUUCCAGAUGCCACAGCUAUUAUAAACUAAAUAUGCAUUUAAUGAGAGAGUGUGUGUGCAAAACUGCAAAAAAGAAAAAACAACUUAUAAAGGAAAAUGUCUCAAGUUGCUCUAUCAAAAAAGAGCCUUGCUUUUAAUGAGUUAUUUAUCUUUUACAUUUUUAAAAUAAAAAUACAUAUGGAUGCACUUUGGUCUGCUGAAUGAAUUUUAUGUAGAUUUAACGUCACAGUCUCCUUUUAACAUGGUUCUAUUUGUGUGUGGUAUUAUCCAAAAAUAAUGCAAAUAAUCUAGUGUUGUUUAUUGUCUUCUGUUACGCAAAACCUUAGUUCAUGGCUUGCUUUUGGAGAAGUGAUAGUAAACAAGACAAUUAAAAAUCUUAAAUUAGGAAUGCUAUGUUUGAACCUGGGGAUGCCUCAUUUCUCCUGCUUCUGAACAGUAUUGCAGAGAGAUGUGGAUAUUUUAGGCACUUAGAGAUUCUUUAAAAGGCUGUAGAUUAGGUUUCCACUAAAGGGGGAGGGAAACCAGGCUCCUGCUCUGUUUAAUGGAAGUAUAAUUUGCUGUAAUUCACAGGAAAGAAUUUUGACUGCCAUAUUCAGAAGGAAUCCAAGACACAGUUUUAUCACAUUUCAGUUGGAUUCAAAGCCCAGUGCAAGUUUGUGAUUUUGAGUGUGCACAGUAAUGUUUUCCAUACUUUCUUAUUUAUUAUCUGGAUUGUGUAGCUUCAUCAUGGUGGUUUGAGGUCUUUUUAGGCAAAAAAUGUCUUAUUUGAAGACUUUUCUGAUGAUUGCAGUACAUAGUUGGACAACUUUUAUACCAAAUAUCAACUUCAUAUGUGGACAGGCUUUGUUCUAAGCAGUGAAGCUGCUACGAAACCUUGACAUCAAAAUUUCCUAGGUGAGACAAAGAACACAGCCACCCAAGUGUACAAUCCUAGGUUUAAAUUUGGGGCUGUAGCCAACUAAGUUUUAUACAGAGUAGGCCAGUUGAAAUUAGUGGACCCAAGUUGUCCACUAAUGUAUGAAUUUAUACAUUAAUUUCAAUGGAUCUACUCUGAGUAUGACUAGCAUUGGAUACAGCCCCAUGUGUGGAGAUCAUUGCAAGUGCAAUUUGCAGAUAAUGUGUUGUUGUGGCUUCUUUCAGGGUAUGCACAUUCUGUUCGAGAGGCGACUCCUGAUUUCACUAUUUAUCAGGGGACACAGUUUGGAAGACUCUGUGAAAUACGAGGUACAGACAUGCUCCUACUUGUCAUACAUCCUUCAUGUUUCCCAAAAGAAAAAAGACGCAUUUCAGUUGAAUACGUGUUUUCAAGCCAAUGCAAGCAACCAUUUGUUGCCACCAAAGACAUAUUAUUCAUUAUAGUCACUUAUGGGCCACUUCCCAUCAAGGAUCCCAAAGCAGUUUAUGGGAUACAAUUCCAACUCUAAAGUCACCAUUAUGGGAAUAGAUUUAAGAGUAACCAUUUUACGAUGGUUUUGGUUCUUCCUUGAAAGCUGAUUCCAGACAGGGGUGUUGAGGCAAUACUAUUUGGCACCUUGGCCUUUGGCUUAUGGCAGGAAUGGGCAUGGCACUCACAAAGGCCUGCAUUGGUGCCCUGAGGAAAGGACUCCCAAAUUUGAGCUUUUGUGUUAUUUUAUAAAAAGUAUCUAGUCCUCCUAGAAAUAAGGCUAUGAAGCAAAAUGUGCUGGUACCCUUCCAUGUGAUUUCUGUGAAAUGAGCCAGCCUGGCUGUUCCUACCUGUCAGAACUGAAUGAAGUCAGACCUGUGAUUGAUAAGUGAUUUGUUUGGGUACGCAGCAAUAGGAAUCCCUGGGGUUCUAAAAAAGCACUUCCACCCUCCCCUUUACUGCACUUUCGCUCCUUCAGUCUUAUUUUCUAGCAGCUUUUGGAAUCCCCACCAUUUGCCGUUCCUUUCCCCCCAGCAACCAGGACACAUCUUUCCUGUUGUGGGUUUGUCUGAGAUGAGGUACUCCCUAGAAGUUGUUUUCUGCAAAUACUAUUGCACAAUAAGUGCAGGUGGAUGUUAAAUAAUCCCCUCCCGAAAUGGCAAAUGCAAAAUGUGAAAACUUUUCAAAGAGGCUUAGGUAUGUCUCCUCUUGGGCAGGAGUUGAUGUUCAGGCACUCAUUAAGAAUUCACUGGAAAGUUAACAUGCAGUACAGUGGUAUACGUCACAAUUUCAAAAGUGUUUGCAUUUAAUGACACUUGCUCCCUGCUAAGCGGGUGCAGAAUAGCAGCUUAGGCUAAGAUUGGAACUGAGGGGAACAGUUCUUUUGUGCCUUUAACAGGUAUAUUUCCACAAUCAGGACCAGAGACCGUGGCUUACUUCCCAUAGUAAACACAAGGUUGCCACUGGAGGGGCAGGGAGCAGCAAUGGCUGUACUCCAUCUAAUUUUGUAUUGUAUCAUCCCCCCAAUGUUGUGUUAUAUACCAUGCCCCAUGGCAGCUGUUUUGUGACUGAUGCCGUUAGCACUCUCAAGAUCCAAAAUAUGCCCCCUGGUCUGAAAAAGAUUGGCAACUUGUGCCUUUGCUGUGUCUGGGUUGGAUUACUACUAUGUAAAUAGAACAGCGUCUGAGGAAUCUUUAGGUGCUUAAGUUGGUCCUGAAAGCCGCCACCUAGCCAUGGGAUCACAUUACACCAAUCCUGCAAUUUGCUUCCAGACACAAUUCAAAGCAUUACCCUUUGGCAUAUUACCCUGCUUCCAUGGGAGUGGCCACCAAGACCACAUAACACCGGUCUUGAAAGACCUACAUUGGCUCCCAGUAUGUUUCCGAGCACAAUUCAAAGUGUUGGUGCUGACCUUUAAAGCCCUAAACAGCCUCGGUCCAGCAUACAUGAAGGAGCAUCUCAACCCCCAUCUUUCUACCCGGACACUGAGUUCCAGAGCCGAGGGCCUUCUGGUGGUUCCCUCUCUGUGAGAAGCCAAGUUACAGGGAACCAGGCAGAGGACCUUCUCGGUAGUGGCACCCACCCCGUGGAACGCCCUCCCACCAGAUGUCAAGGAGAACAACAACUACCAGACUUUUAGAAGACAUCUGAAGGCAGCCCUGUUUAGGGAAGCUUUUAAUGUUUGAUGGAUUACUGUAUUUUAAUAUUUUGUUGGAAGCCGCCCAGAGUGGCUGGGGAAGCCCAGCCAGAUGGGCAGGAUAUAAAUAAUAAAGUAUUAUUAUUAUUAUUAUUAUUAUUAUUAUUAUUAUUAUUAUCAUCAUCAUCAUCAGCAUGCAUGUUCCCUAAGAUAAGAAGGAGUGUCCCUUCUAGGGUUAUUGACUAUGCCCAGACUAUGAAACUCAUAAAGUGUGGUUAGCUCCAUUCCUUUCUUUUUUUUGCUAGUCAUUCAAGACCUUUUUAUUCUGGCAGACUUUUGUUGUAUGUGGCUGAUAAUUAUUUGUAUGUCUUAGUUUUAACUGCUGAUCCUGUUGCUUUUUUAUUGUUUUAUAAAAUUGUAAUUUUUAAAUGUUCUCAGCGGUGGUUGUGCACCAGAAGGGUGGGGUAGAAAUGUUUUAAUAAGUACAUUUUCCAAAAAAGUCAAAUGUGGGUGCUCAGCAUUAUGUGGAAUUGGAGCUAUAAAUAAUUUCACAACAAGGUUUUCCUUUGAAGGGUUGCAAGGAGGUGAUCCCUUAUUUAAAGUAUUCAAAAGGAAAUAUAAGUGAACAGGAGACAACAAGGGACAUGAACUAAACUGGGGAGGGUCCCCUGUGUGGCAGCCCUUCCUUAAGCAAAGGAACAAAGAAUAUUAAUUUGUCAAUGGGCAAGUUUUCUGGCUCCCCAGAAUGACAUACUUUACAUGAUUCAUUUAUAUUUCAGCAUCAUUAUUAUUUCAUAAAUGCCAUUUAGUGAAUUUUGCACAAAAAUGUAUUAGUUCUGAAAAUUUACAGGAGUCUAAAAUAAUCACUUAAUUGCCUUUAUAUAUUAUGAAGGCACUAAUGUUGUUUUGUCCUCAGUGCGGUUCUUUUAUGUGGUAGUGUUUAUUUUAGGAAAGAUUUGUUACUUCUGAAUGAAUGGGAAAGUUGCAGGCACCAUGUCACACUACCACUUGGAAGGCUUGCGGCUCCUUCUAUUAAAAACCUCCUUCCCCCUCUUAGUUUAUUGCAUCUGUCUCCCACCUUUCCCCAAGGAGCUGCCUGGGAGAUAUUAAAAGACUACUUUCUCGAAUUCCCACUUGGGUUACAUGUGUAUUUGGGCUGUCCCUACAAAAUGGAUCUGCACCUGGGCAAAGGAUAGCUUCAAAUCAGCAACACAGCAGUCCACAGCAUGCAGGAAAUAUCAGGAUGUGAAAUGGAGACUGGAGUAAUUGGGGGGAAGGGAAUGUGAUUAUUUCAGUUAUAUGCCCUUGGGACUUACGCUACAGUAAGAGACCCUUAGAUUUUGCCAAAAGCUUCACAGAAAACAUUUUGAGGAGGAUCUAAAGGAAGUGAGAAGUAACAUCACCAAGGCAUAUUAGGAAGCAUUUCCCAAUAUCCAUGGCAGCAGAGGAGGAAGGGUGGGGCCAUUCCAGGGUACAGGUGGAAGCUGGAGCUGGGGGAGUAAAGGUCACAGGCAGGGAUUUAGAGACCUAUGAGAGCAGAGAGAAGGGAAGGCCAUGAACACUGUUCUAAGCCAUGAACUGAAGGCUGGUGGUGACAGCAGUGGGAAACAAAUAAAAAUUCAAGGCAAAGGAGGCAGUAUUUCUAGCACACAGUAGCUAGAUUGGAGGAGUGUUUUGUGACUCACCUCUGGGAAAGAUUUUCUUGGGUUCUCCGUGAGUGGAGAGAACACGAAAACUCAGGAGGCAAAUUGGGGAAGGUGUUUUUUGGUCAUAUGCCUCCCUCUCCCAACAGUGUGAUACCUUUUCAAUGUCAAAGUGUGUACAGACACUAACUAUUUAUUCACACAUUUCCACUGUGAAAUCCUGUUUGGCUUUAACAUAAUACAGCAGGAACAUAAGAAGAGACCUGCUGGAUCAGGCUAAAUAUCCCUCUAGGCCAGCCUUUCUCGACCUGUGGGUCCCCAGAUGUUGUUGAACUACAACUCCCAUCACCCCUAGCUAGCAAGGCCAGAGCUCAGGGAUGAUGGGAGUUGUAGUCCAACAACAUUUGGGGACCCACAGGUUGAGAAAUGCUGCUCUAGGCCAUCUAGAUGUCCAUGGGAAGCUUGCAAACAGAACCUGACAGCAAAAACAUUCUCCCACUUGUGGUUCCCAGCAUCUGGUAUUCAGAGAUAUACUACCUCUGACAAUGGAAGCAGACAGCAUAGCCAUCCUAGUGAGUAGCCACUGAUAGCCUUAUCCUCCAUUGAUUUGUCUAAUCCCCUUUUAAUGUCAGGUGUGUCUCCCUGGGGAGAGCAUUCCGCUGUCAGGGAACCACCACUGAAAAGGCUGUUAUUGUGUUGCCACCUGCUAGCCUCAGAAGGGGCAUACAAAAAAGAGCCUCAGAUGAUGACUGCAAGGUCUAAGUAGGUUCAUAUGGUGAGUGGCUGUCCCUAAAGUACUGUGUCUUGCACAUCAUAUUGUGUUGUACAUUUGACCAAACACACUUCAAGACUUCCUUGUUACAAGAUUGUGAGUUCCUUCCACCAUUGGUCUGGGCAGUGCUUCUUCUGCAACCUUCUCAAAGCUAUAAGCUGAAUCUACCUUGGUUUUUAAUAGCAGAUGUUUUCAAAGCCAUGCACAAUUUCCAUCCAUAUUAAAACAGGUCAUUCAGCUAAGUCUCCCUUGCAACACUUCUGAACUUCUAGCCAACAAUCCCACACUUUCUGUUUUGUGGACUUGGUUCUGAAAACUGUCUGGUUUGUUCUACUUUCUUCAGAGAGAGAGAAAAAAAGAGAGGUUGGAGCAGAGGUGUGUGUGCACACAUGUGCAAAGAUACAGAUAUUUGUAAAAUAAAGUGGUUAUGAAAAGUAAUACUGGCAAGCAAAGUUACCUUUCUACCAAUAAUUAACAGUGAGUCUCCUGUUCAUUUGUUUGUCUUUAAGAUCCUAAUGUGGACGUCAUCUACAUUUGCCCCUACCCACUGAGCGAUGAGAUGCUGCACUAUUACAAUACAUUUUUGGGUCUGCAGCCAGCUGUUAUAUCUGGAAGCCCUAAGGACAUUGGUGACCUGCAGGACAGGUUCAAAAUCCUCACCCCUGAAGCCAUAAACAGCUUCCCUGUGAGUUUGUGUCUUCUAAUUACUACAGCUGGGGGGAAUGCCGUAAAAUUAAAUUGGAAAUUUUAUAACUUGCAACGCUCUGGUAGCCGUCAGUGAAAUAUUAUUGCAAGUUUUAAGAGCUUCACAGAUUAAGUGACUAGUUAAGACUGUUGGAAAUAUCCUGGUUUAGCUUUGCAGGCUGAAAGUUGAGCUGAGCUCAGCCCUUCUCCACUGGUCCCUGCCCAACGCCUGGCCUCAUCUAGAUCUCUGAACUUAAAGAGAUUUAUAAUGCAAUGGAAAACAAAGUACUCAGAAUGCCUUCUGCUGCUCAGAGCUUCCUUCUCUGCAGCUGCGCAGACAGUGGGUCCCCUCCCUCCCUCCUCUCUAGCUUUUUAUUGUGGCAAAAUCCAAUUUAAGACUCUCUUUUUUCCCCUUGGAUCGUUUAAUGUCUUUAAUUGAGGGGUGUUGGAUAUCUUGGUUGUUUUGAACCCAUCUAGUUGGUUUUAAUUCUCUAGAAUUCACUCUGAAAGGAAACUGCCACCCCCACCCCAUUCUUCUGCCCCUCCAACUACUGUACCCUUGCAUUGUCGAAGACCUUUUGAUAAUGCUGCAAUGCAGUAAAGCUCAUUUAUGGCAGGGUGCGUUUGGAUGCUCCUUGGAUCAUCUUGAACUCACCGAGCCUCAGCUGUAAGUUGGUGAUCUUGGCUAUAUCAUCAACUACAGUCAUUUGUCCCUUCCCCGUUUUGUUUGUUUGUUUUUAAUAUUAAAAAACCCUUUCACUGCAAGAUCACUGCUGCUGGGUAAUUAUUUGUACUAUAAAACUAUGAUGCCGCACCAUACGAGAACAGUAAUCGCAACAUGAAAAUUUGUUGGCUCUUAAAUUUUGACCUAUUAUAAACAUAUUCUUUCAGUUCAGCCAAUCCAUGCUUUUCAUACAGUUAAGUCAUUCCCUUAGUUCAGUCCAAACAGCCUCCAGUUUAUCAGCCUCAGUCUCGCAAAGCAUUUCGGUGCACAGUGACCUUAAGGAUGUUACCGACACCAGUGGGCUUCUCACCAUCAUAAAAGUAGGCAAAAGUCUAUGUUCACAUGUAUAUAUAUUUGGAGGACAAAGGGUGAAUGUUGAAUACCUUGCACAAGCGGGACGUGGAUUCUUUGUAAUACAGGCACAGUCCAUUGUACUGAAGUUUUAAUUGCAUAUUUCAAUCGGGCAUACUUAAGGGUGAGAAUUGUGGAGGUGGGCAGCAGUCUUCAGCUCCAUAUAUGGAAAUACAUCAUUAGCAGUUAAUCUGCUGCACAGAGGCCCACAAAGUAAGAGGUUUGAAAAGCAGAUAGACCCAGUUUUCUUUGAAGCUGGGGGUGGGGGGUGGAAUCCAUAAAACCUAGCAGCUAGUUCUGCAUGCCUGAAAGGACUUUGGGCAUGGAUUUCUCAGACAACAGCCCCUGAUGCCACAGGAAAAAGCACUUUGGAAAGUUUGGAAACUUUCAAAGAUGCGUUGUGAUAUGAGGGCUGAUUUUCUAAAGAAAAAUGUAAAACAAUGACGCAGAAGGUUAUAGUAUCCAGCUAAGUCACCCACUCAGAUCAGCAGACUUAUGUCAUGCAUGACUGUGGCCAUGACGGGGGGAUGUUUAGACCAGGGGCGGCAAGGUUUACCUUGCCUGGGCCGGUUCACUCGAGCAGAGAUCCCUCUGUGGGCUGGAUCGCGAGCACACAUGAGUGCGUGUGCCAGCGAUUUCCGGCAUCUGCGCAGACACAAUUUCUGGCAUCUGCAUCUGCGCAGACACGAUUUCCAGCAUCUGCGCAUGUUCAGACGCUAUUUCCGGUGCCGCGGAAGUGAGCCCCCGCACCACACUGCGCCGGUUUAGUGCAGCAUUUGGGGACUUGCCAAGCGGGCUGCACGGUUCAGGAGUGGCUCGUGGGCUGGUUAAAUGAACCCUGUGGGCUGCUUGUGGCCCAUGACCCCUGGUUUAGACUUUAUGACAUUAAGCUCUUCCCAGUGCAGUUCUAAGGUUUAAAUGGGUAGGAGUUGGAGAUGAGUUUGUGCACAACUUCCAUUCAUUCCUUCUAAACUCUGAGGGCUGGUCACUUCUCUGAGGAAGACCUCAUGGCCAUGGCCAUUGCAUGCACACACACAUGCAGACAGGCGGGCAGACACACUCACAAUCACAUACAUUCAGGCAGCUGGCAAACACACUCAGUUGGUAGUUGGGAGGGGCAGCAUACAGAUAGGCAGACACACACAUGCUUAGUAGACCAGUGGGGAAAAGCAGGCAGGGAGAUGUAUGCACACACCUUAAUGCAGACAGGUGAACAGCAGACUUUCCAGCAUUUUUGCGCCCCAUGGCAGCCCUGAGGAAGGAGGCUGUUCUCCUGCCCUUACACUAUAAUGUGUGGGGAUGGUGACAGCAAAUCAAUUCAAGGCUCUUUCUAUGUUGCAAAGGAGCCUCUUCUCUAUCAAGUGCAGAGUUAUUGCAAGGUCUUAGGGGUUCUGAAAAAGAAAGUUUCGUCUUGUUCUCUGAGCGCUAAGACACACCAAUAGGAGAAAGGGUGCCCCUUUGCAGGGCAAAUAGAGGCAAAGGUGCCCAUUUUUUUGGAGAAUUGAUAGGGCCCCUACAGCACCAUAUCAGGAACAUGAUAGCAUCACAGCGGGGGACAACUUCAGACUUUGAAAUAAAUUUUUAAUUCCAAAUUAUGGGAAACUUAGCCAACAAAAAAGUCUUGGCAUGGUGGAUCUGGGCUACGGGUUACCCACCCCUGCUCUGAAGGGAAGUUUUAGAAGAGAUGAGUCUCUUCUGUGGACAGCGGGAUUCCUAUAUGCUAGAUUCAUAGAUCAAAGUUUUAAAAAUCUAGUAAAGUCUUAGGGCUCUUCUCACAUUAUGUAGAGACAAUCUGCGCUUGCCAAUUCAGCUCACCAUUAAGAGGAAACUGCAGCUCAGCACCGUUCCUUGAUAAAUAUGGUGGCACAUACAGACACCCCCACACCCCCACACACACACUUGCAAGCGAUCGACUCACAUGCUUCUAUGUAUACGCAUGGCAUCGGAAAAUAAUUAAGUAAUGCAAUACUAACAUGAAAUGGCAGGAGAGAGCUGGGAGGUCCUCGUGGCUCGUGAGGAGAACCUCCCCAGAACCCAAAGUCCAGAAAAAAAAGACUCCAAAAUGGCACACGGGAACUCUUGGUGCUGCUGCACUACUCCUCUCAACAGCUGUUGGGUGGGAAGCUGUAUUGCAGUGGGCUCCCCUCUAACACACAUUUCUGCGCAGGGGCCCAGAAUGUAACCCCCCUGCGUAAGUGGGGAGUCUCCUGUAUUUGCAAGCACAAUAUUUGUGCCCUUCACAUGUCACAUUUUCUUACGUGUACAGCUAAAUCUGUAACAUGCGAAGCAGCCGUGACUUGUAUCUUCCAAUGUGUUUCUAAGUAGUUGUCCUCCUUCUGUAUUUGACCAGGAUUAUAAUUACAAUAAGGACUUUGUGAGGCUAAUGAAAAGGUGUUUAUCCCACAGAACAGCAUGUGAUCUGCAGAGGUGUUUUGUAACUUGAGAGUGUUUUGUUCUGAAAGAACCGUUUAAGAUGCUGCUCCUCAUAAAGUGAAAUAUUGCCCAGCUGUGGGACUGGGUCUUCUUCAUUUUUUUGUAUUGAUUUCUCCCCCCUGACGCAGUAGAGUCAACCCGUGCCAGAAGUGUUGAGAUGAAUCACCGUUAUCCAAAGGCCGCAAGCCUCUCUUCCAAGUGACAGAAGGAGAAUUCCGUGUGGAUCAAAUAAAUACAGAUGUGUAGUAAUUAGUUCUAUUCCCAGCGAGCCCAUUUCCGACACACUAAAGAUGUGAGCGAUUAUGGAGCCUCACCCCAACAGCUUUUAUCAAUUUAAACUGCUACGCUACAGGAUAGGUCAUAACCCAGCCUGCUAUUAAUAAUGUAUUUAUUGCACUCAACAUUAUAAAUUAGCUCCGCGGAAGAAAGCGAAGGAGCACCUCUUAACGAGACUAAUGUGAUCUUCAUACAGAACCGCCCCAUGUCCCUGGCUACCUUCUUGAAGUACAGCCCCAAGACCAUCAAAAGGAUCAAGAAGCUGAUCCAGGGCACAGACGCCUACAUUGUCGGAGGGCUUCUAAGCCAAGAUGACCUGGCAGUGGCUGAUGAGCUGGAUGUGCCCAUUUUAGGUCCCACCCCGGAAGUAGCUCAGCUCUACAGUUCCAAGUCAGGAAGCAAAAGGGUGUUUGCAGCUGCUUGUGUGCCAGUACCCCCAGGGCAUUAUGACAUCUACAGCAGGCAGCAGGUAAGACUGGUGGCAGUUUUGGUGACUGGGAGAACCUGGACCAUUCAAACAUCUGGUUGUCCCCAGUCAAAUCUUACUUUGAAGGUGAAGUCUUCACUCACACCAAGGGAUCAUAAGGACUGAGUCCUGGAAACUGUUUUCAGUGCCAGGGACCAGCCCUAGGAUUUAUGAGUGGGAUAUUAAUGUCUUUGCCAGUGAGCUUUAUUUUAUUUAUUAUUCCAUUAUCUUAUCAUCUUAUCUUAUCUUACCCUACCCUACCCUAUUCAUUUAUAUCCCACCUUUCCUCUUUGGAGCUCAGGGUAGCAUAAAUGGUUCUCCCCCUCCCUAUUUUAUUCUCACAGCUGCCAUGUGAAGUAGAUUAUCUAUCUAUCUAUCUAUCUAUCUAUCUAUCUAUCUAUUUAUUUAUUACCUGCCCUUCACCGUAAGAUUACGCUGAGAAACCCAUGGUCACCCAUUGAACUUCAUGACUGAGUGGAGGUUUGAACCCCUGGUCUCCUAGAUCCUAGUUUGACACUUUAACCACUGCACCGCAUUGCCUCCUUAUGGCUGAAUGGAGAUUUGAACUCUGGUCUUGCUGGCCCACAUCCAACCAUUGAUCCAUUACAACCUUUGAACCUCUUGCACGACUUCAAUGAGACCAGUCUGGUUUGUGAAUUAGAGCCUGGCACCUUCUUAUUGCUGAACACAUUUAUUUGGAAGUCAGUUCUUUUGAAAUUCACGGGACAUUCUUUCAAGUAUCUGUGCUUAGGAUUGGGGUGGUUGUUGCCAAUUGCUAGUGUUUGCAUUAGCAUCAGUCUGCACAACAGCUCUCAAUAAAUUUCCUGAACUGUGCCCCAGCUCAUACAUAUGAAUAGGGUUGUGCUAACCAAUUAAAACAUAAGUGCGGGGGGGGGGCAGCUCCACGUAACUAACCAGAUGUUUGAGGCAAUUGCAUGUGCAAUUCCUCAACCUGCAUGUGGGGAAGCUGCUUCAACCGAAACUGCUUCCACCAUGCAGCUGCCUCUAUAUGGUACCAUUUUGACCAGUUUCCACAAUAUAGUUUGCAUUUGAGAACUGGGCCUCCAAAGAAAAGGUGCAGCCACUAAGAAGGCUUGCUCGCUCGCAGCCCCCAUGUAUUGAACCUCCUUCCCAUUUUCUAGGGGAGAAUUUCCCAGAUGCCAUGGCCAGGUUGGGCCGUGUACAGCCAUAGCUGAAUUCAGUUAUGGUUUGAUUCAGGCUCAAACUGAAAGCAGGAGCCUGAAGUGCAGCAGAGAGCUUAUGCUCUGUUGAACAGGCAACGCUAGAUGAAAAGGAUCUGAGCAUUUUAUGCCAGCCGCCAGGGAUACUCCUGCCUGUCAGUCUCGGAGAUCAAUGUUGCAUAUUCAUCUUCUGUUUAUAAUUUGAUGCAUGUCAACUAUCCCCAGACUAAAAUAUUUUCAAGAUUUUGCAUUGGUGGUGACAAGAUUAUUGGGUCAGGUCAGGUCUAUGGCCCUAUCUAGCAGUCAAAGGCAAGACAAUGUCUUGGGAUGUAGGAAUACUCCCAGAAUUCACCUGCGUUCACACCAAUUAGCAAAGCCAAGUUAGCAAAGAGCUAAAGACAAUGGGAACUCGGUAAAUGCAUACUGAUGGAGCAUAUGAGUGUUCUGGGGCAUCAACCAUGAUUGCUAAAUAAUUGCAAGCGAACCAUGCAUCAGGGAUGAAGAACUUGUGGUCCUCCAGCUGUUGAUGAACUACAGCUCGUGCCAGCAUGGCCAGUGGUCAGGGGCGAUGGGAGCCGUAGUCCAACAACCUCUGGUGACCACAGGCUUUCCAUCCCUGUUAUGCAUGAAUGCAAAUUGCACCAGCAAAUUACUUGACAAACAUGGAUCAAAUCUGAUGCAAGCCAUUGUUCUUUAAUGUGGGGCCAGUUUGCGUGGCUUCCAAGUCUUGAAACACUCAGGAGUAUCAGUAGCUAUGAAAAUUUAUUUCAGCACUCACUCCUAAUUUGGUUCAUGUAAAUGUUCCCUGGACAGUUCUGAACACAGAAAGCUCCUUGGAAACAAGAACACUGCCUCUUUGUGUUGCAAUUUGAAAAUCACACCCUGUUUUAUAUUUUCCAAGGGCAAGAAUCAAUAGUUCUUUGCUUGUCAUUGAUAUGAAUCAUUAUGAUUUUGGGGAGGUUGUGAUUACUCUUUGAUUUAUGAAUGCUGCUGGUUUUCAGAAGAGCCAUUUUAAACAAUGGCUUGUAAAUAAUGAAAGAUAACCAAAUCUAUUGCAUAUUCCAGAUGGCAGAUAGAGCACAUCACCAGUGCUCCAAAUGAGGCAACAAUACCUUUUCUGUACUAAAUGUUUCCUUCAUCUUAGUGCUAACUUAAGGUAUCUGAGAUACAUAUCAAAUCUAUUUGGCAUACACUAAACACACACACACACACACACACACACACACACACACACAAUCUAAGGAAACAGAGGUGUGAAAAGCAGGACUGAUCUGCCCAGAGAGGAGGAUGUGUAGGCUCAGGUUGGGGUAGAAUGACAGGGUAAUAAGGCAGAACCGAGGAUGAGCAAACAAGACAGGAAAUGAAGCUGGAAUUGGCUUGUCAACACGUAGAGGGACAAGUACUCAAAGAGGUUGCAUUUGCACCCUCAUUGGGUGGGACAUCGAUGGCAGCUGGGGUACAAUUUGUACCAGAAUUGUAAGAAUUCAGUUUGCUUACAGAGAAAACACCUGCACACUGACCAUUUCAUGGGGUCAGAGAUCCUCAGCAGAGUGGCUGCAUCCCUUAACCAUGCGCUAAAUGCAGAAGCAGAUGGCAGAAGGUCAACUCGUAGCCAAAAUGAACCACAACAUUACAAAUCUCACAGGCUUAGACUUGCCCCAAGUGUUGGCUUUAAUAUUGCUUCUCUAUAAAUGGUACCCUCCAAACCAUCGUACACAUUAGCUCCCCUUUCAAUUUGUUUCAGAUUGUUUUUGUUACAGCAGGAAAUAUUGAUGCGAGGCGUUAAAUAAUCAAAGGAAGAUGACAAUAAUUUAAGGCACAGUUCAAUUUUCACUUAAAGAGACCUCAUAACUCUUUCCGUUGGUGCAAUCUUUACAAUACUAUCGAUCCAUUUCAUUUCUGUAGGGGAGUCGUCAACAGAAAACCCAUUUAUUGGGCUUUCAAAAGCAACAAAUAACAGGACACAGAGCAAACAAAUAAUAAUUCCAUUUGUGAUUGAAGUUCAAAUAAUAAAAAGUGCUUUGGAAUGGCUGUUGUAACAAAUACUUCCUGAGCCAUUCUAUUCUGCAGUUACAGUCAAACCCACCAACAAUGAAGCCUCAAGAUAGAAAAGGGUAUUUUUAGAACCAUCUAGUUUAAAAAAGGAUAAAUAAUACAAAGCUCAAGUACAGUUUUCGUUGUCAUUACACAAAUACAGUGUUUUGUGGGCUUUUCCUCCCCGCUCAAACUGUCCCUGUAGUCUCACCUGCCUCUUAUACAUCUGUAAGAAAAUGUGGCGAUCAGUUUCAGGUGGAGAGUGGCUAAGAUGACAUCCAUUCGGAUUUAACUGAAAACCUUGUUUGUGUGUUUCCUAGAUGCUUGAAGUCAUCAGUCAGCUGAUAAUUGACUACCCAGAAGUGAAACGCUGGGUGUUCAAAGUGGACAGCGACUUUGGGGGAAAUGGCACAGCAUUCUGUGACAUCUCCGAGCACCUCAAAUGCUACCCCUGGCUUCAGAGGGAGAUUCGUAGAUACGGCCCUGAGAUAUGGAAGUUGCAGUGGGCACAAGUAAGUCCACCAGUCAUUUUCAGGUGUCUUUCAUUUUUGAAGUUUACCCAGUGCCUCCUGGAGUUCAUAUUUUAUGUGCAAUAGGAGAAGCUGAGCUACUUUGAAGGUGUCAACAUAGCAUCAGAAGGUAGAGGUACCUGGCACAUUGCAGGCCUUAGGAGUUCCAAGGGGAGAGAGGCACCUAUACUGUCCUGUAUGAAAUAGGGAACACUUGUUAAAAAUUCGUUGCCAGUUAAUUUGGGGCAUAGUUGCUUAGGACUUUAAAGGUAAAAGCUGGCAUUGACAAGUUACUUUUUAUCUUAGUAAAAUCUUCACUGGGGUCAUCUCAGUGUAGUAUGUAUUGUAACAUGCCUUUGGGAGAGGAUGGAGGAGAAAUCUACAUAAGACCAAUCAUUAUUCAUUUUAUCAAAGACACCCAUGAGUUACCUUCCUUCCCAUCUGUUCUCUUAACUGAAACACCUUAACCCAUUUUAUAUUCUCUUCAUGAGAAAAGCAUCCCAUUCUAGCCAUGAACCACAGUGUGCAGUCACUGCCGUACUUUCACAUUCUCUUUCUUUGGAUUAGUGGCUGUUGCUACACUCCAGAUUGUCUCUGCAAAGCACAUUUUCAUUAGGCUUACCCCACCUUGUGUAUAUCUGGGGUGUUGCAGUGGUUUUCAUACUCUUGGCUUCUUGAAACUAAUCAGGCUUUAGAAGUUCUUUCUGUUCUGCGCUUUCUUCUGGCCAAGCUUGGGCCAGAAUAAUCUCUUGCAUAUCCCCACAUAAAAACACAAGAACAUAAAAGGAGUUUGCUGGAUCAGCCCAAUGGCCCAUCUAUUCCAGCACCUUGUUCGCAUGGUGGCAAGCCAGAACUCUCCCUUUGUGCCAUUUUUUAUUUAGUCUGGGUGCACUCCUGGAUCCAACACUGCUACUGGAGGCUCAAGUAGUUUCCGUGACAAGGAGUGCCUGUUUCCAGCUGUGGCUGGUUUGACAGCUCUGAUUUCCUCUUGGACAGAGAUGUCUUGGCCACUGAGCUCCAUGCUUUGAUAACUUCUAGAUUGGAUUAUUGCAAUACUCUCGACAUGGGGCUGCCAUUGAAGAUGAUUCAGAAGCUUCAACAUGUGCAAAAUUCAGCAGCCAGAUUACUGGCCAGGGUUCCAUUUAGAGCUCAUGUACUUCCUAUUUUGAAACAGCUGCACUGGUUGCUAAUUUAAGGGGCUCACAUUGGUGUUUACAGCCAUGAACAACUUAGGCUCCAAUCAACAGAGAGGGCCCUCUUGGUGGUUCCAUUGCCUUCAGAAGUUUGGGGAAUGGUAGCCUAAAAGAGGGCCUUCUCUGUGGCAGUCCCUACAUUAUAGAACUGAUUUCUCACAGAGGUGUGUCUAAUGUUUUCAUCACAUAGUUCUGUAGUAUGCUGAAGACAACACCUCUUUACCCUAGUCUUUGACAGUUUUUUGGGGCUUUUUUGUAUUAUGUUUGGGUUAAUCAACCUGAUGAUCCUUUUGCUUCAAAUUAUUUGUGUUUUUUAUAAUUGUAUACAAACUGUUUAGCUUCCUUUAUUUACUUUUCUUUUUAAAUGUUUUGCUGCAAUCCACUUUGGGACUUUCUGGUGAAGGGCAGGUGAGAAAUCUUACAUGUUGGUGUAAUGAAUUGCUUUGCUGAAAACUUAUAGCCCCAAACUGAGAAGUCUGUAAACUAAAAUCAUCCAGUUAAAAUCCAUUUAGGAACAGAGAUGAAACAAAGGUUAAAUAACUUGUUUCACCUUGAUCUACAGGUCUCUGUGUAUGAUCAGAUGCACUCACAGAUCUUUUACAGGCUGUACAGGGGCCCCCAUUCAUUUCAAUGGGGCAAUAAUUUGCAUCUUAGACUUCCAAUUUGAUUCCACCAUUAGAAUGAACGAGGGGUGAUUAUAGGUAGGGUUAAAACCAAGGUUCCAUGCUCAUAAUCUAUUGGGCUAUGGUGCCAGACAGGUGAUUGAGUUACUGCAACUAUGAUGUGGAGCACUUGAGAGCAUGCACAUAACGGAAGGUGAGAGGGGUGAGGGUGCCAAAUAAAUACUUAGGGCACCAAAUUUUGUCCUCACUCAAGGCAUCAUAUUACCAAAGUUACCACUGCUGCUGGAUCAGGCUAGUAGCCCAUCUAGUUCUAAGAGUAGCCACGAGGAUGCCUGCAAGCAGGACCUUAGUGCAACAGUGUUAUCCCCUCCUGUAGUUUCCAAAAUUAGUAUUCAGAAGCAUACUUGUUGCAACCUAUUCAUUUUGGCACUACACCCCAGUGUGAAGACCCUCCACACAUCACUUUUUAUUGUGCAUUUAUGACGAUUUGUACUCAGAUGAUGGUUUCAGAGCAAUUAUCCACGAUCCUCAAUAAUGUUCAUAUCAUCAAAAGUUUCAAUGUGGUCAUACUGCUUUAUUUCCAAGCAAUGUUGGUCUCCUGCUGAAAUCCUAUAACCUUUUUCUACCACAUUUUGUGUGGGGUUUUUUUGGGGGGGGGGGUUGUCCCACUUGUGUUGCUAGACACUGGCAGAGGAAGAGGAGUGGGGGGGAGGAGCGCACUGCCCCCAGCAGCGUGAGCUCUCCGCCCCCUGGUGCCGAUAAAGCUCUGCCACUGUUGCUAGAGUGCUGCCAUCAGCAACAAAUAAUGCAGUAACAUUGGGGAGGCAUUGUGGAGCAGCUAAUAAAGCUGAAUGGUGUGUAGAUGAUCUAGUACAGGCAUCCUCAACCUACAACCUCAACCUGAGACUACAAUUCCCAUCAUCCCUGACCACUGGUCCUGCUAGCUAGGGAUCAUGGGAGUUGUAGGCCAAAAACAUCUGGAGGGCCGAGGUUGAGGAAGCUUGAUCUAGUACAAACACACCACAAAUGCACUAUUGUUGUGCAUCAGUGCCGUGUUGCAGGAUAUGCCCACACAAAAAACAACAGUCUGGAGUGGGCCUGAGUGCCCUGUUAUGCUGCAUUUGACCCAUUGGUGUUCUUCCUGUGAAGUGUCACAGUACACAUAUAAUAGGGAGAAAGACUGCAAGCAAUUUGUUCAAACUCCUUAACAGCAUCUCCCCUCCCCGUUCCAAAUAAUAUAUCACCAUUUCUCACCUUUUAGAUCUCAGCCCUGGCUUUUCAACAGCACCAGUCUUUCAUAUUUAGAAACGAAUUGCAGUCUCCAUUGAAUGUUUCCACUGAGUGCAGAGGAUUAGAAUCCUCCUUUGUUACUGAAUGCUCUUGUAAUGCUCCUGCAUUUAGACAUCAAAGCAUUAGUUUAUGAGCACAGGCAUGCUUUAAUGUCCUAUUACAGUAUGGAGACCUGCUUUCGAUAAUGAAGACAUUGUGUCAUCGACUUAAGCUGCCACGUUACCAAACAUAUGCUGGCAGGUUAUUAAAAAAUUCAGCUUUGUGAUGAAAGACUAUCCUGCAGGCUAGGAGUACAUGGCAAAAGACUCUCCAUUCCGGUAGAGUUAUUAGAAACGAGAAUAUGACUCUAAGCACUAAAUUAUGUUAAUACUUACAAAUAGCAUCAUUUGCAUAGCGGUUUAUGAUACGAUCCCAAGGUUUUUCCUUCAUUGGUAUGUAGUAGGGCAACCGAUUAAACAUAAUGUGGUUUACCGGAGUUUAUACUGAGUGUCUAUUCCAUGUAAAAAUGGAGUCUUAAUUGUUGGAUCCUCCAGACCAGGAUGUUGACCAUUCCAUUCAGGACACACAGUCAUCACAGUAAUUUCCUCUGAAACUUUCUGUGAGUUCAAGAGAAAUCCUGAGGAUGUUAGUGGUUUAAGAGCUUAUGUGGCAAUUUGAAUCAUCUCCAGUCAAGUCAACAGACUCCCCAAUGCUUGUGCCCUCAGAUCAACACACAUAACCAACCAUUCUAAAGACUUAAGUGUAGGUAAAACACAUCAAUAAUUUUCCUACCAACUACUGGUUGACUAACUUUUAGCUGAGCUAUAUAUCUCCACCCCUUAAGCUUUCAAGUGGCAUUAAUGGGAUUGCCCAUCACAAAACACCUGGACACAAGGAAGGUCAUCCCAUUCCUUGAAAAAACAACACAAAGCUAUAGUCUGGAAAGCUGUGCAUCUUUUGUCACGGAAGAUGUUUUGAGAAGAACUAGGAGCUGAAGAAACUGGCACUCCACCAGCAAAUGUUUGAAAGAAGCAGCGAGGUGUGUGCGAUGGCCAUCACUUUCAUGCCCUGCUUGUGAUGUUCCAAAGGGUCCAUUGGACCAUCUGCUUCUGGAAACAGAAUGUUGACCAGGUAGACCCUGGGCUCAGAUCCAGCAAGACAUUUCUUAUGGGUUUUUUAUGGUGUUGAAAGUGCUUGUUAUUUCAUUAUCAGGACCUAGAUCAUUAAAAUAUGCCUUGCAAACCUUUGUUUGACCACUUUACAGGAAUAUGGGAGUUUCAGUGUUUGCAGGCAACUACUCCACCCCUCAAGGGUAACUUCAUUAAUUUAAAGGCAAGAAGCAAACAACUGUGUGGUCCUACCCAACUCCCUGUGCUAGGGGAAAGGUUGCAACUCAGUGGUAGCGGUAGAGCAUCUGCUUUGCAUGCAGAAGGUUCCAGCUUCAAUCCCCAGCAUCUCCAGGUAGGACUGGGAGAGAAUCCCUCUCUGAAAUCCUGGCCAGCCACUUCAGGCCAUUGUAUAGAGUUCUGAGCUAGAUGGACCAAUGGUCUGACUCAGUGUAAGGCAGCUCGCCAUGUUCCUCUUGAGUAGGACUGAUAACAAAUAAGGGUGGGCUCCAUAUGGGCACUGGACUUGUGUCCUCAGCCAUGGUCUGAUAGAAGGAAUGGGGACAAGUGUGCCCAGCAAGGACUUUUCAGCAGGGCUUCCACAUGAACCCAUAAACCAGCAUCAGGGAAAACUGACUUACAUCCUCCCUCCAUUUCAUAAAGUUGGUUCCUGAAUUGCGUGCGUAUACCCAACCCCUGGCCAGGAAUGGGCUCAGGGAAAGGGAAGGAAUGUGUUUUGGAUCCCACCCACCCAGAGGCAGCAUUGUGGUUUAUGUUUCUAGAGAUGCUGCUGGUUUGUGACCCCCAGCUAUCACAACAGAGUUUAUGUAAUAAUUGUUACAUAGGGAACACGGUCUUCCAGACCGAUUAUGAUCUGAAAUAAAAGAAACGCCAUUUGCAGCAGCAGUAUUUUGAUAGCUCUUUCCGAAUGUCAUGUAGCUUAAUAGUGGAUGUUAAAAUUAUAUUGGCUAGCAGAAGAGGUCUCCACUAGUCUCUAAACUAUAUAGCCAUCGAUGGGAUAUCAAGUUGUGUUUACCUAUUACAUCAGAGAACAAGCUGUGAUGCUCUUGCUCAGUCGGUUAUUAUAUUUAAUGUGGCUACCAGUGUUUGGGUUUCAGGUGAUUCCCUGAUUCCUUAAUUGUUGUGUCUUGUUAUUUUAUUAUGUCCCUUGGUUAAAUUCCUAGGACCUACAAUAAUCAGAUAUGCAAGCUGUUCGUUUGCAUGUCCUAUUGAUUUAAUAUUCUUCUAAUCAGUACAUAAAGCUAUGGGCCUGCGGUGUUAAUUUUUCAUAUGCUUACAAAGCACCCUUUGAUUUUCUGUCACGCGUUAAUUACAGCGUUUUGCCAUUAAAUAGGAAGCUUUGUGUAAACUAAUUACUAGGUAAUCAUUGUCUACCGCGAGCCGUGCUGUUUGGUACCUUUUAUUUUAUUCGGGGAAAAUGCACGGAUCUCGCAGUCUGGAACCACUAUACCUUCCAGCCAUUAGCUCUCACUAAUUCAUAGCAUUAUUGUGUUAAGAUUGUAGGAGUUGUAAUUGUUGUGGUAUCAGUGCUGUUAAUUACCGGAGUAAACAGUUGAAAUGAUGCCAAGGUCUAUUGUACAAAGCAGAGAAAAGGAGGUUUAAAUGUUACUUCUACCAUCUGGGGACUGAAGUCUUUGCAAAUGCUACAAAACAGCAGUGAGGCAAUAUCAGAGCUUCAAGCUUCAGGGUUUUAGGCCAUAUGGAUUCAGAAUAUUUUGAAUCAAUUGAAUUUAACUGCCAGUUUUUAGCAGUAACCGCGCAGAGAUGAGGAGAAUAAAGCAAGAUCACGAAAGAAAAUCUGGAAUUUGUCAGUGUUAUCACAUGCCAUAAAGUGCCUCUGUAGAUUAUAUUAAAAUGUUUAUUCUGCUAAAUUCAAAGAAGCAGAGACAGGCUAAAAAUGAAUGCAGAUUUCAACAGUGUAUUGCUACAAAGGGUGAUUUUUUUGUUUUAUUUUGGGAUUAGGCAGGGGUAUUUGAAAGUCAUCUAUCUCAACAGUUAAUACAACAGUAUCUAUGAACGCAAUACCUAACAAUUAACAGGGGGCCCCUGUGAAUUUCCAGGGACUUAAUUUUUAUUCUAUUUUAGCAUUUGUAGACUUCCUCUCAGAAGUAAAUAAAAAAACAUAGAACAUAACAUCAGGGAAUAAAUUAUUUAAAAUUAUGUUUUUGGUGCUGUUGUUUUUUUAAAAAUGGAAGUAUUUGGAAAAUGUUCAAUCCCAGCAGCCUGAAAGAAGAUUUCACGUUUGUUCUUGAUCCCACUUUGCACUUCAGCGGCAAGACAAGGGCAAAACCACACUUUGCAUGGGUGCAACUGCACAAGACAAUUCAAAAUAAAUAGGGAGGUGUGCAAGGGGUGUGCCCUUUGCACUCUGGCCUUCCUAGUUUCUGCAUUAUUGUUUAGGGAAGGGAGUUUUUAUAAAAAGAAAUAAGUAUGUCUAGUGACAAUAGCUUUUGAGUAUUAACAAGUGUUCCCCGUUUAAAGAAAAAUGCCUAUUACACAUUAUUAAAGAAAUGAAAUCUGACCUGCUCUAUAUCUAGGCAUGGCAUAAUUUUAAGCACCUUAGCAAAAUAAAUUGUCCAGACCGAUUGCUUUGCUAAAAACAAAAAGCAGCAACAAUAGACUGAAUGAAUGAAAUUGUAUAAAUAUGUGAUAUUUCUUUUGUAAAGAAAGCAGUCCUGUGUGUGUUUUAGUAUAUUGCCUUUAUUUAAAAACAUUGGGUUGAUCCCAAUUUUUGUGACAUAUAUCCGUCCACCCACCCCCACCCCCCGAAAAGAUCCCCUGCGGUCCCUAUGUAGCUCCUUCAUUGGGCUUGGAUUUGGGGAGGGGGAACGCAGUCCCCCCCCCCAUUCUAGUUUGUUUGUUUUUAUUGGCCUGUUAACAGAUGUUGACGUGGUUCAGGGCACAAGGCAGCCAUGUGCUUCUAAAUGGAGAGAUCUCUCCACAAUGAAGCCUGGAGCUGCAGGGGGUUGUUUGGGGCUAGAACAAUGUUCUCUAGGCUUUGUGUGUGUGGCCAAAUUCAGAAUGAAAAGGGAUUGAUUAAUUGUACGUACUGAAAUCCUUGGCGAGCACAGCGAGCCAGAAGAGAAUAGCGUGACCCAUGUGGUGUGGAGAAAACGGGAGCAGCAGUUUAAGUGGUGGAAAGUUGAAAGAGGGCUAACCUCCUUGUUCUAAUAGUCGAGGCGAGUGGCUGCUUGGCGGUCCGCUGUUGAAGCGCAGCAUAUGUGCCUCCCUUUGACAAAGGCCCUCUUCAGCCCAAAGCAGCCCCUCGGCCUGUGCGUUGAUCCAGAGCGACGGGCCGCGGUAAUGAGGGACAGGCCUCUCAAGAAGCAGAGAGGAGAUAAUACCGCAUAAGUGGAGAGUUCUGUGGAGUGUUCUCGCCAUUCGACAUAAUGCAAGGCGCUACCCCGGCGAAUCGCUUGCCAUCCAGCUGAAAUGGGCCAUUAGGUAUCGGGGAAAAUUGUCUUUUGCUACUUUCAGCAGAUGGAGCAAAUAUUUUACAAAGCCAUUUUACAUACAAAAACCAUUUGCGUGACUUGGUAAUGGCAGCUGUUUUACAUGAUGUUACCUUCCAAAAGAAUGUCUCUCAUGAAAGGCAAAAUCGGGACUUUUUUAAUUUUAAAAUUUGCAGUUGCACACUCAAGCAUUCAGCCCUAAAAGCGGCAUUUGAAUUCUAAGUAAGUGUGGCAGGCGAUUGAUCGCUUCCAAAAACAUUUUCCAGCAUUUUUGUUCUUUUGCGUAGAUUGCAGCACCAGAGAGUAACACCCCCCCCCCCAAGCAACGAAACAAAUUCUAAAGUACUUGCAAACUGCUGGAUGGUGUGUGCAUGUGUGUGUGUAGCGGAAGGAACCCAACAGCGUUUCCAUUUCAGUCUGCCUCACAAUAAGCUUUUUCUUAAACCCAGUGGCUGAAACCAUGAGAGACAACUUUUGACUGGGAAGUGGAUUUUUCAGCUAAGUACUUUUUCAGUCCUUGGGGUUCUGGGAAGAACUUUAAACAGUGGUAAGAGCUCAGAAGUUGGGAGAUGAAUGCACCCAUCUGGGAAAAAAAGUACAACCGCCAGGAUCGCUUUUCACUUUGUUCUCUCACUUUUCCUGUGAAUAGUAGUGAUGGGAGAUAAAUUCAUUCUGGUUCACAUUUUAAUGCAAGCCUACCUAAUUCACACUUCCUGAAAGAAUACACAACGUAUACUUUGAAAUGUGCACUUUUCCAAAUUUUGCAGUGCAGUUCUCCUGCCAAAUGAUACAGUGGUGCCUCGCAAGACGAAAUUAAUUCGUUCCGCGAGUUAUGUCGUCUUGCGAUUUUUUUCGUCUUGCGAAGCACGGUGUCAGGAAAGUUUUGGAAAAGCUUCAAAAAUCACCAAAGUCUUUAAAAACCUCAAAAAAAGGCUACCACACCGCGUUCUAUGAGUUGCUCCUCGAAGUCAAGUCGCAACUGUAUUAACGGUGUUAAGAAAAAGGAAACAAACUUGCAAGACGUUUCCGUCUUGCAAAGCAAGCCCAUAGCGAAAAUCGUCUUGCGAAGCAGCUCAAAAAACAAAAAACCCUUUCGUCUAGCGAGUUUUUUGUCCUGCAAGGCAUUCGUCUUGCAAGGUACCACUGUAUGUUAGGGACAAAUGUAUGAGCAUAAAAAUACAUAUAUUAGUGAAAAUAAUAUAUUAAAAAUGCAUUACGUUAGGGGAAAGUGCUUGCAAAUAAAGCAAGCAAAUAUAUGUAAAGUAGGAGAAAUGCUCACUUUAAUGUUGACAAAUUUUCAUGAGGACUUUAAAAAAAAUCACAAACUUAUGUGGAGAUGGGGUGAACAGAACUUCACACUGGAAAAAUGAGAAAUCAAAAUUGAUAGAUUCAUCCAUUCCUGAAGAACAGUUAGGCUUUCCUUUCAUUUUUUGUUCACCACAUGUGUGUGACCUUAGGUUAGGUGGGAGAUAGUGAUUAGCUUAGAAACAUAGAAUGAAUUGUAGAGUUGGAAGGGAUAUCUAGUCCAACCCCUACAAUGCAGGAAUUUCAUAGCAGACAGCCAUCUAACUUCUGCUUUAAAACCUGCAAAGAAGGAAAGUCCACCAUCUCUUGUGGAAGUCUGUUCCACUGUCAAACAGCUCUUACUUUCAGAAAGUUCUUUCUGAUGUUUUGUCAGAAUCUCAUAUCUUGUAACUUGAAGGCCUUGGUUUGGAUCUUAGCCUCUGGGGCAGGAGAAAACAAGCUUACUCCCUCUUCAAUGUGACAGCGCCAUAUAUAUAUAUAUAUAUAUAUAUAUAUAUGUAUGUAUACGAAGAAGGCUAUCAUAUCUCCUCCCAGAUCUCCCUGGUCCAGUGCUCUUCAAUAAACCAGUUAGUCUCAUAUAUGUGACAUCAGUAUUGACAGUGGGUGCUGUAACUGUGAAGCAAAAACAACUUCAACAGCCAUUAUGCAAUGCAAGGAUCUGAUUUUCACUCUUUCCCCAACUCCCUGAUUAGAAGCAAAUAUAUGCAUUGGGAUUCAGCCCAGAGUGACUAGAGGGAAUGGCUUUAUCUAGUGCACUGAAAAUAAGACAGAAGCAACUUAAUGGUACCUAUUGAUUUGUAGAUAGAGCAUCUUGCUAGCAUUAAUCAAUGAAGAGAAAAUUUAUGUGGACCAAGCAAUCCCCUCCCCCAAUAUGGGAAAUCAUUAGUUCUCACUAGUUCUUAAAUUAGUUAUACAUGAAAGAAAAGCACAAGCCAUUCAUUCUUCCCUCUCUUGUCUAUAUGGUGCUUUUCAGCUGGUUCAGUGCUACUGCAACGGCAUUGGAAUCUAUAACUUAUUAGCAAAUCCUCCCUCAGUGUAUACAGAUACCCUGCACCUUCUCUCUUUGCUAGGAGUUUGGAGCAAGCCAGUGGCUUUUAGGGGACUCUCCAGUAUUAGUUGCCAGUAGUAGCUGUUGGCACUGGUGCCCUUAUAGGCACCAUCAGGCUUUCUGUAAACAUGAAGGAUGUAAUGUAAGAAUAAUACCUUUCUCAAAUGUUUUUUUUUAUUUAUAAUCCAAAUAUACAGUAUCUUCCAGAGCAAAGGUUGAUGACACUCCCAAAGAAUUCUAAAAAGUUGAUUGGGCCAAACCUUCUCUUUCAAAAGCCAUGCUGAUUUUUUAUCAACAAGGCUUGUUCUUCUAUAUAUGUUCGUGUGUUUAACAGUGUUAGCAUAAAUCAUUCUUUCUACCAGUUUGUCUGGGAUGAAGGAUAGGCUGACACGUCUCUAAUAUCUUGGAGUGCUUCUCCUGUAGUUGUUGCAGAUGUUGUUUUUUUUAAAAAAGGCUAGCCUCUGAAGCUCUCUCUCCUUUGCAGGCAUUAGAUAUCUUAAGCAAGUGAGUUAAACCAUAUGCUUCAGGGAAAGGUAAUUUGUUCCCAGGCUGAGACUCAAAGAUGUUCAUUUGUGUUCAGAAUUCACAAACUGCCUUUUGGCAAACACAACAGAGCAGUUUUACUUUCUGGUGUGUUAUUAAGUGAAGCCGUUGCCUCCACAUACAGUGCAUUUAAAACACAGCAUUUAAAAACAAAGAGAAACCCUGUCUAGCAAGGAAAAGAAAUGAGUGUGAUGCUUCACCAGUCCAUCCUGCAGUCCAGGGGAGCACGAACAGAGUCCCGGGAUUGGUGUGCGAAGUGGGCAAUUGGUCCUCUUUUGGAGCAUGGGACAUUUCCAAUUUCAAGGGGUCAUGAAGCAGAAGGAAAGAGGCCCAAGGGAAGCAAAGAAGUGAUCAUGAUGCAGCUAGAGAAAAGCGACCUGGUGUUUUAACAUACAGAGUCCCUAAGCUUGAUGUGCUUGCUCAGCGCUCUGACUUUUUGACAGCCUUCCCCAAUCUGACGCCUUCCAGAUGUUUUGGACUACAACUCCCAUCAGCCACAGCCAGUGCAAAACAUCUGGUUGGGGAAGGCUGUGAAAUUAAUAUUGGGUUCUCUUUGCUUGCUUGCUUGCUUGCUUGCUUGCUUGCUUGCUUGUAUGCAACAUUGUGGGUGUUUGGUUCUAUGGAUGUUAUAUGGAGGAAGAUGUUUCCACUGAGUUGCUGCUAAAGAUGUCAGAGAAUACUGACAAAAACAGGAAAGGAAGUCAGAAUUGUGUUGGUUGAUUGUUUGUUCGCCUGUGAUCAGGAAUGGAAAUCAGUCAAGCAAAUACUACCAGUAUUUGUUUCCAUUGUUGUGUUAAGUCCGCAAACAGUACGUAAUCAUCUGCUCAUUUUUUACACUGUUUUGAUGUUUCCUUUACAUUGAAAUAAAUAUAAGUUACAUAAGUUAUGUAACCUACACUACAUAGCAGACAGAGGCAGUGUUGUAUUUGGUAGGAACUGAACUGCAGCAGAAUGGAAAUGGCGUUGAUGGUGGUGAAUACAGAUUGAAACAGAAAUCUCUGCCUUCUUCCAUCCCUAGAUGCUGCUCAUCUCGCACAUUGCUGAUCCCUUGAAUCUCCUUCAUGCACAGUGACUUAAUAUAAUAGUUUUGCUACCUUACCCAAGGUCAAGGUGCUCUGAGAUGACAACAGUGGUAUGCCCAGAAGGUUUAGCCAAGUUGGUGAGGUCCAGCAGACAAGCCAGAGUAGAUUGUUGCCAAAUGGAGAGCCCUCAUGAGCCCUCAGGAGAGAAUGGGAACAUGCAUCUGAAUAAGGAGCUAAUGAAUGGAUAUUAUUAUUAUUAUUAUUAGUUACCAUCACCCUGGUAGACCAACAGAUAUUUGUAGCCUGUCAUCUUCCUUAUUUUGUUCAGUUUUCUGCUAAAAAGAAAUGAAGAAUAGAAUCAGUGGUUAAAAAGAAAGUAUCUUUGAUGAGGAAAUGUUCUCAGAUGGAUGAAAGAAGAAUAAGGAAAAAGAUAAAGGAAACAUUUAAAAAAAGGCUUUCUGGCUGUGGUUAAACAGUAACCACACAGCCUGUUGGAGGCCUGGUUUUUAAUCACCCCACAAGCAGUUUUCAUUUCUGCAGUAAAAUUGCUUGUGGUUCUAUUUAAUUUGUUUCUGCAGGAACCAGCUUUGGCGAAGAUCUCCCAGGAGCUGCCGGGCCUUUUAGCACAGCACGCUCAGGCUGUCAAUGAGAAACGAUUUCCUACAUGGGGAAAAUUCCUCCAAACAUUUGUGAGUCAAGGUAAAUAAGACUGCUAAGUUCCUGCUAAGUGCUAUGAGGGAUAAUUAUAUCACCGGUACUUCAUUCUCAUUCAUUUAGAUAUUUCUCUGCCCCUUUUCAUUUCCCCAUUGCAGUUUUAACUGUUGAAAAAUAAGAUGUAGGCAGCCAUCUUUGAUUCCGCCUAGUCGUGAUGGGCUUGGCUUCCUUGCUGGAAACUGCUGAACUCUCCCCCCACACAAACACUUUAGAAAACACAUGGAAACAGACAUAUGGCUAGGAAUUGCCUGGGUGGCAAAAGAUGCUUGAGAAGAAGCUUUGAGAAGAAAGAAAUCUCAAAGAACUACUGGCAACAUUUUGUGGCUUCAAGUCACAGUGCUAGCUGUGGCAUUAGUGUGUUCUGUGGCUUUUCUGAGGCUAGUGAGCUAUUAUUGCAAUAAAAGAACCUCUAAAUUCUGCACUGUAGAAUUCUGCAAUCUUCUGAAGACCUUAUGUCAACCAAUUCAUAUUCUCCUUAGUCUUAUUUCAUUAGCAAUGCAGAUUUGGUUAGUCAGAAUCAAGUUGGGUCAAGAAGCUAUGGAGAUCAUGGAAAUCUCAUUCCCUGACCGAUGGGACUCCUGCUCAGCUCUUCCUUUUGGCUUCCGAGAUCUCAAACAACUUCUUCAUGAACUUGAAGCAAAGUGUCUCAAGUUUUGUGCUGGCUCACGUAAUUAUGGAAGGACAGCAUAUAUAUUGAUAUGGUUGCAUUGUUAUGCCAUUCCUCUCUAGGGAGCUCAGCAUUGCGGCUAUGCCCAUUCCAUCUUUCCCCUGGGUAAUCCUGAUCUCAUCUCUACUUCUACGUACACAAAAUUAUAUCCCUCCAGUCCCAAUAAUGAUUCUCUAACAACAAACAUGCCCUUUCAGGUGGCAUCCAAGGCUAGAAAAUGGCUCUCCUUUUAACUAUAAGCACAGAGAAAACUGAAAGUCACAGUUCCUAGCUGAAGUCAAGUUAAUAUUUCCAUCGAACCAGGCAGGACCUUCCCUGAUAAGUUGUUUAUUUUUGGAAGGCAACAAUCAUCAAAGAGAAAAUACUGGCAAUACUGCAUCCCAAAACAAGCAUUUAAUUUGUACGGGGUGGGGGCACUGCUUGAUGGAAUCCUGGCAACUUUUCUCUCUCUAUCUAGGUGGCAUCAUAGAAGCCUUCCCGCCCUCAGACAGCAUCACUAGCCUCAAAGUGGACAUGCUAAUAGAGCCAACUGGAGAGAUCUCAAUGGUUUCCUCUGGAGACCAGUUCCAUGCAGAUGGUCCCCUGCGCUCCACAGGAACCACCCUUCCCCAGUGUUCCGUUGAGCCACGGGUCCUUAACGGGCUGUGUCUUCAGAUUGGAGAGGCCUGUAGAUCCAGAGGAGUGGUUGGAUACUUCUCCAUUGACUUUGUGACAUUCAUCCACCCUCAAACCAUGGGGCAGCAGGUGAGUAGGUGAAGUGAAAUCUUAAAUCCUGUGACACGCUUGCAGAUACUGUGAAAUGUGAUCAUGAUAAAAGGUGGAGCGGGGGUGGGGGGAGGGGGGAAGCACUCUGCUCUCCUCCUCUCACAGGCUAAUAAUUUCUAUCCUUGGAAAACAUGCUGUAUUACAAAGACAGAUUGGGUGGUUUGGCAAAAUGGUGGUUUUCCAGAGGUUCCAUUGGAAUGGAGGAGGAAAAGAUCAGGCCAGAAAGGUUGACACAUUGGAAUAAUAAUAAUUACAAUAAUUAUAACAAUUUGUUCUUUAUACCCCACCUGUCUGGUUGGGUUUCCCCAGCCACUCUGGGCGGCUCCCAACAAAAUUUUAAAAAUAACAAUAAAACAUAAAACAUUAAAAACUUCCCUAAACAGGGCUGCCUUCAGAUGUCUUCUAAAAAUCAGAUAGUUGUUUAUUUCCUUGACAUCUGAUGGGAGGGCAUUCCACAGGGCGGGUGUAACGUCACUUCUUGCAGGGAGGGAACUGCUAGAAGGCCUUUGGAGCUGGACCUCAGUGUCCGGGCUAAACGAUGGGGGUGGAGACGCUCCUUCAGGUACACUGGGGUUGAGGCCAUUUAGGGCUUUAAAGGUCAGCACUAACACUUUGCAUUGUGCUUGAAACUGUAUUGGGAACCAAUGUACGAAUCCAAGACGAGAGUGGCAACAUGACAUUUCGCUUGUACUCCCUCUUCUCUCUAGGGAUGAGAUUCACAACACAUUACCUUGAAAACAGCAACCAUUGUUUAAAAAUCAAGUUUUUAGUCCUGCCUGGCUUAAGGAUGGUCCCAUCUGUCAGUUUUGGUUUCUCUCAGUUUCUCACUUUUUCACCCUUAAGUUCAGCUCUUCACCUUACCACAUCAGUUUGCAAAUCCUUUUUUUUUUUAAGUCCUCAUGAAAGUUCAUCAGCAUAUUAGUCUGAAUUUCUCCUAAAUGUACAAAUCAUUGUAUGUGAUUUUGCCUAAUAUACACAUUUUGCAAGUACUUUUCCCCAAUAUGAUGUACUAUAUACACACUUAACCUAGUAUAUGUAUUUUUGUACACAUUACUUGAUUGGAGAACUGCAUUUGAAGGACAGUUGCAUUUCAGCUCUCAUGUUGUUUCAGGAAACGUGAAUUAGGUAGAUUUGCCUUUAAGUAUGAACUGAAUAUAAUUCCUCUCUCUACUCCUACCCCUACUCUGCCUGUGUGACCCAGAAGUUCACACCAGGAACUGGGAGAUGUUGAUACUGUGUAGGGGCUUGUUAUACCAAAUCUUUUAGGGGAGGUAAACCCUGAGUGCCCUUGGUUGACAGUGGCCCCAGCACAAGAACAAAUUGACCUCUCUGUUGCUAAUCUUUGAGGCAGAAAUAUUGUUUGAUGAUUGAUUGAUUGAUUGAUUGAUUGAUUAGUGGCCUCUAUACCACCUAUCAAAGCAGUUUACAAUCAAAUGAACAUUUAACAAUAAAAUAUUUAAAUAUUUAAAGCCCUUAAUAUAUUUGUAUUUAUUUAUUAUCUGUUAAAUUUGUUAGUCACUUUAUCUUGCCCAAACCAACUUACAACCAAGCAUAUCCAAUUGCUUUAAAAAAAUACACAAACCCAGCAUGACAGAAUAGCCUGCUUGUAAUUAAUACAACUCAGUACCCAGGAUCCUAAAUUAACCCUCAAAGCCCAAAGUAAAUAAAUAAGUCUAUAGAUAAGCAUAGAUAUGCAUAGGGGCUAAAAUAAAAACAAAAACAUGUCCAUUAACUUUUUUUUAAACGCAGAAAAUGUGUAGUUGUCAUCAAUGAUAAACAUUUCUAAUAGGCAAGAAACUGCGAUAUUUGGGUAAACUUGCUCUACUCAGAAAUGUAAGGGAUUGAUGCGGGCAUAUCACCCUUAGUGAUAUACCAUCCUUAGUGAUGGCAGUUCCACAGGAAGAAUCUCACUCCUUUUUCAUCACUUGAAAAAAACACCUUCCUGCUCUGUUAUUAUUCCCAUCAGCUCCUGUUUCCUUUUCGUUUCCACUCAGUUGUUCUACCUUGCAAUUUCCUGCAUUUCCCAGCUUGUGCCACAACUUUAGCAUUAGUUAAGCUGAGUCCCCCCCCCCAACUUAAUUAGAUAUAGAGGCAAUUAAUGAUGCCAUCUGUCUUGUUGUGAGAGAGAGAGAUUACACCAAAGAUUGUGCUUCUGGAAGCAUUAUUUUUUUGGCAAACUAGAAAUCCUAUUAGACUUGUUCGAACACUCUCACACUAAUUUCCCAGUUCCCAUUUUAGAUCAGUAGCUCAAAGGCUCAAAUAAAUUCUCUGGAACUUACUGUACACUUAGGCAUCCUUCCGGAGUUGUACUUUACAGAAAAUAACCAAUGAUCUAUGCUUGUUUUGCUAAAUCUAAAAAUUAAAUAUAUCAUUAAACAUCUGUUGCCAGUACAGUCAAAGAGUAGUUAAAUAUCUUAAAAUCACCAAAAAACCCUGUCAUAGUGAUAUGAAUCUUUUGCAUAAGCGCAGCUGUUUAGGCAACAGAAAGUGGCCAGAUUUUUACUGGGUGCUCACAACUUUGAAAUAAGAAAAAAAAAUGGGUACCUGACAUUUGGGCAUAGGUGGCAAAUACCUGCAUCUGUCUGGCUUGAUUGUGCAAGCAGUUGCUUGGGGAGGCAAUAUUAUUAGGUACCACCAGUGAAGCAGCCAUUGGCUGAAUUCAGGAGGACCCCCAGGCAUUUAUGUGUCUCCUUAGCCAGUGAAGAGUGAAGGAGGUGAGCAGACUGAGAGGUCACUCCAGAGUCCAGGUGGCUCAUGCAAGCAAGCCAAGCUACAUGGAAAAUAAUCUUUACAACUUUCACCACCCAAUGCCCAGUGGCAUACAGGCAGCUUCAUUAUUUCCUGGAGCAAUGCUGCCUAGGAACUGCUUCCUUUGACCUUCUUGGUGGGCUGCAGCAACUGCCCUACCCUGCCAUCCUCAGGAGCUGGUCAAGAACCAGCCAUAUGAGGCUUGAAAGCUGCACCAUCAGUUCAGGUGCAAGAGACCCUGGGCUUUGCAUAUCAGGUGCAAAGCAGCUGCUUAGGGUCUCACAAUGUCUUGAAAUGGCCCUGAUUUGCAAAUGGAGUGGUUAGAAAGAGAACAGGAGCCAAUGAAAAAGACCCUAGUGACAUCAUGGAAAUUUGGAUCAAGUGGAAUUGAAGGGUUUUUAGUACACCAGUUGCAAAGUUGCUGAAAUGAGACACACACACAACCUUACUUUUUUUGCCUGGUUUCCACAUUACUUUGAGCAGUGUGCUGUUGCUUGCCUGCCCCCAAACCACUUAGAAUAGGAUGUUCCACUUGGCUGGGAUGAAUCCACUCAAGGGUGUCUAGAAAUUGGGACUGUAUUCCACAUGAAUUGACCCUUUGCCCAAACUGAAUGCGUGCACAGUAAAGUAGUUGUAUGUCUGGGUUCGAUGAGGGGUCAGGUUUCUGGGCCAUAGUUUGCUGAUUGUCAGCAAUCUGCAGGUAGUAGCACAUUCCCGGGUCAAGUUCUAGAAACAUUGGGCAAAGGUCAGAAGGCAAGUACAUUCCCAAAGGUUCCAAGUGAAAGCAAGAUGAUCCAAAGCAAGUCUUGUCCAAAAACAUACAGAGGCAAACUCUUCUUCUCCAGUAUGAUGUGUUGAUUAGAAGGCUGGGGCUUCGUAGGGCCUGAUGGACAGGAAUUGGUUCUUGGGGCCUAGAUGUCACUUCUGCAGUACAGAGCUUAGCCUGUGAGGCUUUUGGUGAAACAAAACACAGGCAAUGUAGGAGGAAAGGCAUUUGAGCCUGACUGAUCAGACCCAGCCAUCACCUGUCAUGGAUCGACUGAGACAGGAUAAGGAGGACAGCCCAUGACACCACCUGACAUGAGUGAUUCUGAUAUAUUAUGCAGUUGGUGCUGAAACAUACUAUGGGGGGCAUGUGAAAAGGUAAUCAGGUCUCUUGGUGGCUUCAUCUUAUAGCCUUUAGGUUCCAAACACGUCCCAAUCUCAUAGUCAAUCUUGUUGCUGCUUCUAUGUAAAUUGAGGCCUAUGGGUUGUAUUCAAUGUUAGUUCUACUCAAGAGUACCAUAGUAAUUUUAGUGUGCCUACUCUGAGUAGGACUUGGAGGGCGACAUCCAUAUGUUUGCAGGAACCAAGCCAUGUGUGUCUGGGUCUUCUGAUAAGCUACGUAUGCCCCAGUAGUCUCCGAAGAGCAACAGAACCUGUUCACCUUCAGCAUCGUUCAGUAAUGGACCAUAUUCCAAGCAUACAUUUAAUAUCCAUUUUACACAAGGGACCACACCACAGGCACUGGGCAUUUCCUGAGGAUUAACUGACCAGCUGGUACAGUUAUUAUGGCCUAGAUCAAUGUGUUGUGUGUUCUCCUCUCCAGCAGUUAAAAUCCAUUCUAUUGAUUUGUUAGAGCCCAAGGCUUAUGUUGUUCAUACAUCAGGUAGAGAGCUGACUGGUUAAUUUUCUUAGGUUUUGAGGAGAAUUCCACUGUUGCAAAAUUCAUAUUCAGAUAUACAAUGUGUCUUGUCUCAAAUGCUUGUCCUUGAGAAAUUCCUCAAAUACUGAUGAGAAAAUAUUCUGGAAUUUAGCCUCUAGGCAGGAACAGCACACCUACUUUGCAGUGGAUGCCCAGGCGGGAACGUGUGAAAGUAAGAGAACCCGCUUUGCUGCCAGUUUCUUCCUGCUGGACUGAGUGGGUAUCCAGAUUUCAAAAGGGAAGGAGAUUAUGGGCAGGUUACAAAACAAUAGUGGCACUUCAUUUGAAAUACAGUGCAGAAAACAUGUUGCUGCUUGAUUGCUGUGGUCACAUUGAUAGCCUUUCGAUUAAACUGCUGUAAUGUGCUGUACGCGGAGCUACCCUUAUGCCUGGUUCAGAAACUGCAGCUAGUACAAAAUGCUGUUACUAGGUUAAUUAGUGGGACACCCACCUGUACAUAUAUUGCGCUGAUGUUGAAAGAUCUGCACUAGCUGUCAGCUGCUGAGCCAAGUUCAAGGUUUUGUUGUUGACAUUUAAAGGCCUAAACUAGGGAUGCGGAACCUCGGACCUGAGGGCCAAAUCCUGCCUUCCAGGUCUCACCAUCUCGCCUUUGAGAUUCUCCCCAGGCCACAUGCAUCACUGAAGGAUAGGGAGGGGUGUGUGGAAGUGUCCGUAGGAACCACCCUCUGCAGUGCCCUCCCUCGGGGAAUUUGUGAGGAAGGGACAGCAGUGACCUCGAAGCGCCUCUUUUUAAAAAUGUACUUCUCCAAGCUUUCCUGGACUCUUGAUUCUUAAUUGUUAUUUUUUUGUUUUUGUUUGUACAGUUCUUGGUUUUGUUUGUAAGGUACAGCUUUGCUUUGCUUUCAUCUCAUUUUUAGGAAAUUUUAUUGAACAUCAUGAUAUUUUAGAGCAAACUGCUUAUAAAUGUUCAUUGAAGUGCUAUGAUUUUCUUUCAGUAAAUGGAAAGGCGAAAUUCAUCCCUUGUUUGUUUGGUGGUCAUGGCAAGGAAAAGCUAGUCUGCAGAAAGCCAAAGGUGGCUUUGAGAAAAUGCAUAGGAAAACGUCUUAUUGAAAGAAAACACUUUAUUGGUCUGCUGAGUCAAUAUGGGCAAAAAUAAAGAGGAGCCUGAGAGCUCUUGAUUGGCAUGUGGCGGUUCCCCUCCCUUCCGGGACUUUUCCUUUCAUUCCAGUAGGGGGAGCCACACCCUAUGCAUCUGUCCCUUCUGCACACAGGAUGCUGACCCCUCCAUUGUAGUGAAUGGGAGAGCCCUUGUGUAUUGGAGCUCUGUGAGCUCCCUGGUGCGCAUGUGAGCCUCUCUCUAUCCAGCUUCGUGUGCUUACAGCUCUUUUAUUUAUGCCUUGUGCUUUAAGCUGAUUUCCCAAACAAAUUAUCUAUGAUUAUUUAGCUGAGAGAAAAAAUGGCUAUCCACGAAGUUUAAUCUGCACUAAGUUAAUAAUACCUAUUUGAAUCUGUUAUUCCAUUGAUUAAAAGCUGGGAGGGGAAAUGCCUUUUAACUGGUUUAGCAAACGGUCCUAGAAAUUACCCAAAUAACCUAUUGACUGGGAUAAUGUAAUCAACUCAGAGGAGCUGGUGAAUAUGCAGCUCUCCCCCCCCCCCCCCCGCCCAUAGCACAUCAUUGUAAUGAUUGAAGGUACUCAAAAGUUUUGAGGCACUGAACAAAACCGACCCUAAAGCAAAAGCAAGCAAAUCAAAAUCUUAAGUGAAAGCAGCCCAGAAAACAGAACGGAGGCCUUGUUACGAGGGAGGCAAGUGCCCUUUAACUGCUGUUUUUGCUUGCUUGUCAAGAUCUAUAUUCUCAAGUCCUGGUUUUAUAAGCACUUUGUUUUUCACAAGUGCUAUAAAGGCAGAAGCAGGGUCUACUGAGAGACAAAUGGCGUAAUGGAAGUUAUUGUUGAAAACAGAACAUUUUGUAAAACAUAUAAACCUUCAUUAUAUACAUAACUCCAGUGGGAUGUAGCCUAUGUCAAAGGAAUGCCUCAAAAUAUCAUAGGUGACUUUAAUUAUGUAAUUGGAGGGGGGAUGUAAUAGAAAGGCCCAGACACUUUGUGGUUUAGCAACACAGAGCAAUUCCUGCUGGAGCUUUCCAAUCUAACCCACAGAGAACUCUAUUGGAUGAUGAGUUUUCAAGCCAAUUAAGGGCAGCAGGCACAAUCCUGCAGGAACCACUCCUGUGCAGAUGCCUUCCCUUCAGCAGAGUUUGCACUGGGGCACAGCAGUGGUUCAGCAAUGUGCUCUGGAAUGAAAAGGUUUUCAAGAAAAUAUCGUUAAAAUUCAGGUAUUGAAUUAACAAGCCGAGUUAAGUGGCAGAAUCCCAGGAGCACAGAGAAAGAGAAGGAUGUGACAAGUGAGCACAGGAUUUAGCUUCCCAAGAGUAUCAGCUUUUGGUUUUGGGUUAUUCUUGUUUUUAAUGUAACACGUUUCCAGGACACGUUUGGAAGUGUGUGAACGAUGCUUGCUAAAAUAGCCCGUGUCUAAGGAGUAGCUGAGUCAGAUUUCCAACAGUUGUAGGUCAGGCCUCUGUGUUUGGCACUGCACCUCCCCAUGAUGAGUAAAACUGAAACAAAUUAUGCAAAACGAAACAAAAUAUGUGAGUUUGCUCAAGCAGAAAAAUCAGGUGUUCUGGUUUCAGAAAUUGUAUUUUUAGCAUGGUGCAAAAAAAACCAGCCCUCUGAAGGUCCCUCCAGAUGUCCUUUCUGUUGUGCAUUCAUGAUUAUUUGUGCUUAUGAUGCUAUCGGAACAGUUAUAAGCAAUCCUGAUUUCAAUGGUAUUUGUUGCAAAAGUUAUGGGGUCAUCGUACUGCUUCUUUUCCAACCAAUUCAUGUCCUGUAACUUCCUACUGAAGCACCACCAAUGUUCUGGUUGUGUUUUAUUGUUGUUUAUUGUCCUACUGCUAUUGUGCUAUAUAUAGCCCCUCCAAACAGCAAUAAUGUGGUAGCAUUUGGGAAGCAUUACAGAGCAACUAAUAAAGCAGAAUAAGUUCACCACUAAUGCAAUACUAUGGUGUCAAGAAUAUGGUAAAGAAUGCACCUGUAAUAAAACACCAGUCUGGAGAGACACUGGAAUUCUAGGCAGAACAUGUGCAACCAACCUAGCAAAAAGCAUUCUGGAUUUCAGCAAGGCAGCCAGAAUUUCUGGAAUGCAUCGUGGGGUUGUUGGAGCCACUGUAGUCACCCUCAGUUCUGCUCCUUGCUAGUUUUGGAGUAGCAUUAACUCGUUCCAGAUGCCACCUGGGCAGUGUUUAGUCUUCAAAUGAGGAAAUCUGAAUUGCAACCUUUCAAAAACAACUGCCAAGACGUCUAGCUUCACUGUCCUGUAGAAUAGCUGCAUUGAUCUCCCAUGUUGGAAAGUUAUGAAUUGCAGAGCCUGGAGAUAGAACUCUAUAAACACCUCGUUGAACAUGAGAGGAAAAGAGUGAGCCCAUAUGGCUGCUGUGAAAUGAAACCAAGUCAUUUUUCCUUCGCCAUCCCCCCCCCCCUCGAUCUCAGAAUUCUUUGAACAUUGCCCUAGAAAAUUGGAAAAGGGAGAAGUAGCUGAUGUAAUUUAUUUGAACUUUCAAGCUGCCUUUAACUAAGUCCCUCACAAGGAAACGAAAGGAGUCACCGGGUGAAGGAUGGAGCACUUCAGAGACAGGGAAAUGGCUGAGAGACAGCAAAGAGGGAGGCUGCACAGUCAAUUUUCGACAUAACACGAUCCAAAGCUCCUUCUUCUCAAAGGCUACGUUCUGGGACUGACACUAUUAAUAAGCGUCUCAGUGGAAAAGGAGGCAAAUGGUCACUUGGCUGCAGUCCUCCGCCCCGAUAAAAAAUAAAUUUGAAAAUCACACUUGCCUGGCCCUUCUUCAUGUGUGAAAGUCAACCUGUGUAGACUCCAUGGGCUUCUUCUGCAUGUUGGGCUGGCCUUGUGAAUGGUUCCAGUGCGUGGCCAGAUAAGCUCACCUGUUAAUGUUUUCCCAGAAGUAAGGGUUUGGGGGUUGUUUUUUAAGGGAGUUGGCCUUUUCACCCAAAUCUAUUAUUUGUUUUUAUUUCGUAUAUCUCCUUUUUUACCCUGCCUUUUCAGGGUACAUAUACUCUCACAAGGCAGCUUGCAUGAGCACUAUCAAAACAGGGGAAGACAGCUUAGAAAUUGCAAGAGAAUAAUGAGGAAUUGCGAUGGAGCAGUAGAAGCCUGUCAAGAAGAGAACCGUAUGCACGAUCAAAUAUUUGAUUUCUAAUUUCGCAGUCACACUUCCUGCCACUGAAGAGUCAACCUGCUUUUCCACCUGCAUCCCAGUUUGCCUCUUCGGCACUGGAAAUGCUGCAAUGAAAUUCAGAAGCAAAUCUCCACUUGCAUACUGUACAUCCAUACCUUUUGGAUGCUGGCCCCAGCCUCUUUAGUGAACCAUGCGUCUUCAUCUGCGUUGUUUCAAAGCAAUUUUUUCAACCUCCUCCGUACUGUCGGUUUUUGGCUGCUACAUGCUUUUUAAAUCGGAGGGAUUCUACCUAUUACCACUAGAUGGCAAUCAAAUAAGAUAACAGUCUUCAAUCCUGGCUAAAAUAUUCAGUCCCGUGGUGAAUUUUAACCAUAAUAAAGAAGAGAGCUCUCUUCUGAGAAACCCGACUUGCAUUAAUAUUUUACUAAUUGGCAUUUUUACAGUGUCAUCCAGCCACUUCUUAAAAAAAAAGAAAAAAGGCAGGUGUACUCUGUAUAAUAAUGUAGAAGUCAAUAUUGGAGGCAGAAAGAAACAAUUAAACCGAGGGAAGAAAAGCGAUAAUUUAGUAACUGUUUAAGAAUUUAUGCUUCCUUGCCCUUCUCACGUUUUAAAGCUGAAACAUUUUUAUGGCAGCUGUAAAGAAUGACACCAUAACUGUGACUUUAUUCACUCACCAUGCUUUCAUUUUGCAGUCUCCACACUCCACCCCCGAUGGCUUGGGUUUUGGUUUUGCUGACAACCUGAGAUCCUGCCCACCACCAUGUCCUGUAUUAAAUAACCCCAUGUGGGAAUUUCAAAGUAGCCAGUCGCACCCUCAUUGAUUACAUACCCAAAUCCCACAAGGAAGGCUGGAGAAGUAGGAGGAAGGAGGGCUGGAGGAGCAUGGCUGGGAAGAGCAGUAGCUCAGUGGCUGAACAUCUGCCUUGCAUGCAGAUGCUUCCAAGUUCAAUCCCCAGCAACAUCUCCCUGCAAGCCUGGGAGAUACUCCUGCCUGAAACCCUGGAGAGCUGCAAACCAUACUGAGCUUGGUGGAUCAUUGGUCUCACUCUGUAUAAGGCAGCUUCCUAAGGUUCUUGCCUUAUAAACAGCCAUGGCUGACUAGCAGAAGCAUCCCAAGCAACUGCAACAAAAUUAAUCUGGCUCUAGUGGUGCAGGACACACACUGCCUAGGUCCCUUGCAGUAGUGCAGAGGUCCUGCCCACUUCUCAGGACAAGCAGGGCAGCCCCUUUUUGUGGCAAAAUGUCUCAACAGGCUCUGGUCUCUAUGGGAGUUGAAAACAUCUGGAGGUGGCUAGCAAAUGUUUGCUUCACACCAUUAUCAUUUAUUGAUUUAGCAGCUCCUUUGGGACUGUUCACUAGAUAAGAGGAGAAACACAUUGCUUGCUAAAGCAGAGAGUUUGUCAAAGGUACACAGUGAGCAGGGAAAGGCAAGCUGGUGGUCAUAGGCUAUAAGAGAACAGCCUAAUAAGUGGUUGCCUUGGGAAGGCUUUGCAGUUUUAAGGAAGGAGAUAGCUCCUAGAAGAAGGACUAGAAGCAGAAUGGAUGGUGUGAGGAAGGGAAGAAGGUGGUGCCGAGGAUAUAAUUGCGGCCCAAACAGUCUUCAACAUAAACAUAUUGGAGCCUGGAGUUCAUAGCGGGUGUGAUGGAUGCCAGCACAGAGACUUAAGGAGAAGAGUGAUGGGGUCUUAGCGAUGGGAGAGAAAUAUUAUUUUAGCAGAAGCACUCUGCUCAAGGCAUUCCAAGAUCAAUAUCUAGCUCCCCUCUUUGCAGGAUUUCCACCCCUGCCCCCAGGAAAUGAAAAUAUCUCCAUUAACCAAGAGGCUAAUAGGAUUCCAUUCACAUCUGUUUGCCUACCUUUGCAGAUCUCAUAACAUAAGCACACCACUACCUGUAUGUUGAACUAAUGAAAACAAUUCGGUUUUGUGAACAACAAAGUGAGCACUGAGCAGCAAGGCACUGUGGCGGUUAGCAGUUUGGGAUAAUUGUGCAAGCCUGAAGCUCAUAGAUACAGGUUUGGUUGGGAGGGUCUACCCACCCACCAGCAAAGAGAAGUCAUGGGCUUGCUGACUUAGCAUAAUGGGACCCCAUCUGCUAUGCUGGACCUCUACUUUGAGAUGAGAUGUCAACCACUAGCAGCUGAGACUGGCGCUCUGCUACCUUUGCUACUUCUCACUAUGCAGGUGAGGGGACUGUUCCAUUUAUAUCCAUGAUCUCUGUAAAAGCUCAUGGUGGCAGCAGGGCUGACCUUCAUUAAAAUCUUAAAAUCUGCAAUAUGUGCAAACUAAAUGGAUUUGGCCCUAUUUCUGCUCAGUUGGCAUAGUUUAUUGUGCUUCUGCUAGAGAUGUAAGAAUUGCUUUUCCUGGAUUGGAUCAGAGGCCAGCUGGAUUACCGUAUCCAGAAAGUGAGAUGUGAUUCAGGCAAGGGUAUACAUAAUUGCUGUAAUUCCCUGCAAUGAUCAGAAGCUGUCUCUGAACGUGGAUGCUCUGUUCUUGGCUAGCAUGGUGCAAUGGUUAGUGCUGGAGACCUAGGCUCAGAUCCCCAAGCAGCAAGGAUGCUUCCUGUGUGACCUUGGGCCUGCCCCCAAUUCUCAACCUAGCCUACCUUGGCAGGUUGUUGUGAGGAUAAAAGCAGGAAAUCCUUGGAGGAAAGGCAGGAUAUAAAUGUAAUUAAUAAACCUGCAUUUCCCAGAAUUGAGCUAGUGCUUUUAUUUUAGCUGAAGAGUUUUUCAAAGUGAAAACAUAGUCAAACAGAAAACAACAAAUCAGGACAAUAGUCCCAACCCAGAGAGAGAAGCAGGGUCACAAUACAGAUAGAGCAUUCAGAAUGAACAGUCCAGACAAAACUAUGCAUUAAAUAAGAUUAUCUUUCCAAAAUUAUAAACGAGCCAAGGGUGGUCAUGAGAAGGAUAUAUUCUUGUUAACAUAGGAAAUAAACAGAAACCGCACACUGAGAAAGAGGUCGCUAGAUAAUCUAGCUCAGUGGGUUAAUUUCUCUAGAAGGGCAAAAUGCCAAAUCUUGCAGAAUCAGUUUUGUAGACAGCAAAGGCCUGGGGAGUGCCAGUGUUGUGCAGUUUCCAUGUUGCAACUAAUAAGAAGGCAAUAAGAUCCUAGCCCCUGCUCUUCCCUAUAUAUCAUUAAGAGGAACAAGUUUGGGGGAACAAACCAUCUUGGAAAUCUCCUCCAAAUGGGCUUUAGUACCGCCAUCAUAUCAGUCUGGUGGCAAAGAAUUCCUUAAAGCUGGAAUGAUUGCGGGGAAAGAAGCAAGGAAUGUGGAUGGGAGCCCUGCUCAGCUUCCCACUGGCUUCUGAGAUUGUCCACACAUUUGAACAAAGUGGGCUGUGAACUAGGCUUCACAUUUGCAAUGGUUGUGCAGGACGCAGGGAGUGUUGGAUAAGAGCAGUUCCCCCAUGGCACUAAGUGGAAAUUAGAGAUGCUUCAUCAUGAAUCAUUCUGCUUGUGGGGGAGAGUAGGACACCCCACAUUUCUGGCUUCCUAAGUGCAAGGGACAAAACGAAACAAAAAUGCUUCCUUUCUUCACCGUUUCCAUUUGUGAGUUCUAGAAUCCAAACUGGGCUAUGGGAAGCCACAGUCCACAGGCAAUAUUUCAGGCUUCAUCACUUGUAGUCCUAGAACUGCACUAGAAAACUAAGGAGCAUAUCAAGAGGGAAAGGGUCUAGAAAACAGUGGCAAGCUUUGAAGAAAGGUAGCAGAUUCACAAGGUGGGCGCUUAUCUCCACACAUACUGUUUAAAAAAGAGGCACUGAUUUAUGGCUUAACUUAAAGGGGGGGUUCCAAUCAAAUAAAUAAACAGACCCAGGUAGCUCAUCUAAGCUUCUGCAACAUGCUAAGCCAAGACUAGAGAAGGGCCUUCAUUUCUCCACAGAGCAAAUCUGAAGGUGUGGGCAAGGGUGGAAGUAAAGAAUUAUAACUGGCAAAUCUUCCUACUGAAAUGUUCCAAAGAAUACUGGCCAUCAGCAUCCAAUUUGCAUUUUCCUCCAUGCAGUGGGAAAUAUUUAAGUUGACAAAUAGGAUAUUUAACCGCGCAACAGAUACUUGGCAGUUCGUUAUUAACAACUGUUACUGAUGUGAUUUAUUUGCUGUUAUAAAAAGGGCAUUAUUUUGUGAAUAUGAUUCAGAAAUUAGCUCCAGUUUAGCAAGAGGCCUUGACUGCCUGACCUCUUAAUAGCCUUAUAAUGAUGCCAUUUACCAUUCAGUGGCUUAUUCAAGUCAUUGUGUGUGAGAUUUGUUCCGAAGGACUGAUGUUCACAGAUCAGACUGGUGUGUAGAUGGCUCACGGGGAAUGGGGGAGAACUCUGGGGCCACAUACGUUGCCAGGGCCACCUGCACUAAUAGGAGUUAGGAAAAGGCAGGUGUGGGGGGCUGCCCUUUCUUCAGUUCCCUUUGCAGGCCACCCCUAGUAUUAUUCCUCUACCAUAUCCCCCCCCAUCCAGGUACUCAUUCUUUGCCCAUAUAAGUGUCAUUUGAAUUGUGGUGGGGGGGUUUUGGAGGGGGGGGGAGAAUAGAAAUUCCAAAAGAUUACUUUGUCAGGAGCAGAACUUUCCAGCAAGUUGGACAGUUAAGUCAAAGUACCUGUCACUCCUUUGCCCUUACUGCCCCACACUGCUGUUCCCUCUGUUUCCUUGCCCAAUAUAACCCGCCUGGCCCAAAACACAGAUAGAUAUUUCCUUAAAGAAGCUAGACUGCUUGCUAACAUUCUGUCGCUGACAUCUUCACUCUGAACAGUUGGAAUACUGAUGGACGUUCCAUGACGUAAUGAUAGGCAAACUAUAGCCAGUGUUUAGCCUACUUUAGAACUCUCUGAAGAACCUUUGGAUCAUGGGCCCAGUUGGAAGAUGCAUCUCGAGUGUCUCUUCUAGCUUGGGUGUCUCAUGUGACAUCUUUGCCCAUGUGGCUGCUCUGUGGCCCCUCCCACAUUGAUGCCUGGCAUGCUCUGCGUUUGGCCCUCUACUCUUCUUUCUGUAUACAUUACCCCCUUGGGUAGCCUCAUCACUUCUCAUGGUUUUCAAUGCCACCUAUAAGCUCCUAGCGCUACCACUCCAUCCAUACCAUAUCAUUUGCCAUCCAUCCAAUCCCCCAUCUCCAGUUACCUUUCUGAUACGUCUGCUUGGGUGCAUCAGCAUUGUCUCAAGCUCCAUGUGUCCAUACAAAAUUUAUCCCAUUUUCUCCCAUUUCUCCUUGUUCCUCCACCUUAUCCAUUAGCAUCACCAUCCACCCUGUUAAUCAGGAUAAAGCCUUGACUUUCUAUUAUCUUUCCUUGGACCCACAAAUGCAAUCUGUUCCCAAAUCAUGCCACUUCCCUCUUUACAAUGUGACAAAUUACAGCCUUUUGCCGUCUGUAUCCUCAGCAAAAUAUCUGCUCCGUACCUUCUGUAACUCUCAUCUUCAUGGCUGCAAACUUUCUUCUCUCUAGGGUCUCCUAUUGCCUCACCUACUGUGGUCUCACUCACCUGUACCCAGCACUCUGCUGCCAGCUUUAUUUGCCUCGUUUGUUGCUCUGAAUAUGUCACAUGGGAAAGGACUUUAGCUCAGUGGGCAGAGCUUCUGCUUUGCAUGCAGAAGGUCCCAGGUUCAAUCCCUGGUACCUACUGGUAGGGCUGAUAAUGUUCUCUGCCUGAGGCCCGGGAGAGCCGUUGUCAGUCAGUGUAGACAAUAAUGAGCAAGAUGGACCAGUGGUCUGACUCAGUCUAAAACAACUUCCUAUGAUCCUAUGGCUCUUCUCCUUGAACUCCUUCACCACUUCCAGUCCAGCCCAGUCCCAGAUCCUACAUAAGCUUCAUGGCUUACCUUCAAAACCCUCCAUCAGCUUCUUCCUGCACCCCACCUACCAAAAUCUCUGUUCUUAUAUCUAGUUACAUCCCUUCUUCCCGUGACCUUUACUUAACCAGCUGCACCACCCAAAGCUAUCCAAAUGUCCCCAUUCUGCUCUCUGAAAUGACUCCAUCCCUUCCUCCUUGCUGCUGCUGCUGCUGAUGCCUGGAAUUGCCCUCCCUCCUUCUCCUCAGUGCUUACCUUUCCUAGAAAUCUUUGGAGCACCCUCCUGGUAACAAUAUCAUCAUGUAACUAAGUCAAGGUACAGGCACUUGAAAUCAACACAUAUUCUUCCCUGCCUCCAUUACCUCCCAUUUGUUUUUCUUCUGUGUCUGUUUUAUAUUGUAAGCCCCCUGCGAUAGGGAUCUGUCAAACCUGUUCUUUACAAAGUGCUGUGUACAUAGAUGGUGCUAUAUAUAAAUAAGUAAAUAAAUAAAAAAUACUUUGGUUUCCCCCCAGAAUAAUUUGUCUCAGUUGCGUAGUCUUAUCUGUCUUGCCCAGUUUCUUAAAUUCUUGCUCCCUAAUGUAUAACUGAAAUCAGAUAAUAACUUUCUUUAAUUUUUUCUCAGUUGCAUAGUUCUGUCCGAUUGUAGAAUUGAGAUAUGGCUUGCAUCCCAAAGCUGUCUCCGGGGCAAGUUAGCUUCAGAGCUCCUAAAAUGCAACUGUAAAUAUAUAUUUUUAUAGUCUACCUAGCAGGAUUGUAGAUGCUUUGCUGUUGCUGACUGAUGCAUUAGCACAUCACGGUUAAUGCUGAAAGACUCUUGCUGGUGGAAUUGAUCACAUAUGUGCUCACAAGCAAGUGCUUAGCUUUGCAUGCAUAAACAGCAGUGACACUCUGUUUCUCUAUCUUUGAGUACAUUUUUCCUGGGCUGUGGUCCAUAGGCGCAUGAGGCCACCUUGCUGAAGCUAAGCAGGUCUGGAUCUGGUCAGUGCCUGGAUGGGAAACUGCCUAGAACCAUACGUGUGCUGGACAGAGGGACACCUCCAUUUAAUCUAGACCCACUCCAGCAUGGCAAAUCAGGGGAUUGGCUUGCUGUGUUAGUCAGGGCAACCAUCCCUGACCUUCUGAUCUCCAGAUCUUUUGGACUCCAACUUCCAUCAGCCCCAGCCAGUAUGGCAAUGAGAGGGGCAGUCUAAAAUAUAUGGAGGGCACCAGCUUGGGGUGGUUGGGUUAUGGGCCAAUGGGAUGGAACUAAUAUGACACAUGUUUACAAACAGUUAAAAAAAAUUCAGAACAAUUAAUCCAUCUUAUUGAGUUACUUGCAGUUGCUGCUCUACCAUAACAAUUAUUUUAACUUUGAAGUAGUCAUGUCUGUUUCUCAGCCUAGAAGAGGAGGUGGAUUGUGCAGUUAACUGUCAGAAAGCAAAUGUCUAUUCCUUUACAGGAGUGCUGCCACAAAAGUUUUCCUUAUUUUUCUUUUUCUGCUGUCAUUAGGUAUGGGCAGUAGACCUGGAUCUGCACUAUAGCGAUCAUCUGGCUUUGACACAGGUCUUGCUGUAUGUUACAAACGGAACACUGGAUUGCAAGUUAAGCCGCUUUGAAUGCCAGGUCAUUCCAAGUAAACCAAAAAGCCGCCGCCCCCCUAAGGAACCACCCCAGGUCAGUGAUGAAUAACCCAAGUAACCUCCUACUAGCCACUGUGUUGGCAAAUCAUUGCUUGGGAGCCAGAACAGGAUUGGCUACCCCUCUGCUCCAUUGCACUGGUGACCUGAGCCACCCUGUGACAUUCAGUAAGACAGAUCAAUGCUACUAUGUUUGUUUAUUUGUUUGUCUCAUGGUUCCAGCCUGUGGAAUCAUAGAAUCAUCAAAUCUUAGAGUUGGAAGGGACCCCAAGCGUCAUCUAGUCCAUCCCCCCAUAAUGCAGGAAUCAUUUUAGAUCUUAAUUCUGUCUUCUAUAGUGUUAGCUAUCCCGCCCAGUUUUUCCCAUCAGCUGAAGAUUUAAUAAGCAUACCCUUCUGUAUCCUCACACAAGUAUCUUAUUAAAAUUUUGAAGGACACUGAGCAUAGGAUAGAACACUUUGGCUCUCCACUAAAGACCUCUCUCCAGGUAGACACAGACCCAUUAAUGAGCACUCACUGGGUACAGUUGCUCAAGCAGUUGUAUAUUCACCUAACAAUAUUAUCCAGCUCAUAUUUUACCUUCUGGUUAACAAGUAAAAAAUGGGAGGUCUUGUCCUAUGCUCCACUGAAAGUGAAAUAUACUAUGCCCAUGCCGUUUCUAUGAUCUACCAAACUAAUAACUACCAAAAAAUGAAAUAAGGUUGGUCUGGCACGACUUAUUCUUGAGAAACCCAUGUUGGCCAUUGGUAAUCAGUGCAUUAUUUUCUCUGCUCACAGGAUGACUACUUAUUAAUCUGUUUGAGAUUUCCCCUAGUAUCUGUGUCAGGCUGCUAGAACUCUACUUACCCAGAUGGGCCUUUCCUCCCUCUUGGAAGAUAUGAACAAUAUUUGCCCAUCUCCAGCCUUCUGGCAUCUCACCUGUGCUUGAAGAAUUUCCAGAGAUUGCAGACAGUGGUUCUGGAAUAACACCUACAGGUUCCUUCAGCAUUCUGGGGUGUCAUUCUCCUUGCCCGGAAGACUUUAGGCCAUUUAAAGUAGCUAGGUGUUCUUAAUCCACCUUCUUACGUAAUCCAGCCAUUGACAUUCUUGCCACAAAGGGAACAUAUUUGCAUUUUUUGAACUGAUGUUUAACUCCAGUAGUGGAAGUGGGAACCUGCUAUCUGCAGAAAAAUUAACUCUGAUUUGUCUUUUUAAAACCUGCCUUAGGGGUGGAACCCUCCCAUUUUUAUGCUUGGUCAGAAUAGACCAGAAACCUCUUCUUAUCCAUCUACAGAUAGAGAUUUUAUGUCAUCCAAAAAGUGUCAGAGCUUUGUAAUUUAGAGGUUAAUGAGCUUCUGAUCUAUUGUUCUUGUCACACCACUACUUUGAGUUGGAGAGAAGUAAAUUACAUAUGAUUAGUCCCAGUAGUACAUGUUUUAGAAAUGAAAAGUAAUCAAGUAGCAACUUUUUAAUUAAAAUUCUGUCAGGAUUAACGUAAAUUUGUCACUCCCAGCCUAUAAUCCCCCCUUUUUUAUUCCUUCAAAUCUUGCUUACCUAGCAGUCAGCGGCAACAAAAAGAGGACUAGUGUGUCAGAGAUAUCUUUUAAAGAACCGAGAGAAAUAAACAGGAGACAAAUCUUUUUACAGCGCAUGAUCUGUAAUGAAUGAUUAAGUAAAAACACUUUAUGUGAAAUUAUGAUGUUAAUAAUGCUUCCGUCCCCGCGAAUUUAUUACGCAUUCACCAGGCUGCUCGCUUUGAUUUUGAUAAAAUGGAGCGGUGACCGAGUGCGAGUGAUGAUUUUUAUUUUUAGAAUUCUCCUUUGCAAGAGCAAAUUUCCUAGAUACUGCUGCUACUGUAAUUAUGUACAAAACCAAUCACUCAUUAUACUUAGGAUACAUUAUCUUCGAGACAGAUGAGGCUAAAUAAGCAAGACAUUAAUAAUUCAUCCGGCAGUUCAUUAUGCAUGUGUUUGCCUGCUUUGUAGCUGAAAUAAGCACCUCAUCAAACUGAUGCCUGCGCUUAAACAAUAGUUCUGUGUUAUUGCCGCCACAUUCAAGUUUACGCUUGUUAAACUGCUACUUGGAUUAUUUUAUCAAGCAUUCAUUUAUUUUAUUUGUGGCCUUCUGUUGCCAAAAGAAAUUUCUGAGAGCUUUGGGUACCUGAUUGGACAAUGAAUACUCUUAGUUCUCCAAGUAUUCUCAGCCAAGGCUGGGUUACCCCUUGUGCUAAAUGCGCUUCAGGCUAGGACCCCAGCCAAAUUGUGGCCCCUGCUGCUCCCGGCGGCUGCCAGCAUUCUUGCAAUAUUGUGCAUGUGAGCACAAGUCUGCCUGCAAUGUCGCUUUGGGUACUAUGGCAGGCAAAACUGGGGAACUGAGUGCCACUGGGAAUAGCAAUGGCAUGCAACAGAUCAUAGCUCCCAGAGCGGCAGAUUGGAGAAGGGAUGAGGCUGGCCUGCCACCGCCACAGUUUUCAUGCCUUAGGUCUGAGGGUUAGACUAAAAAGCAUCUCGGGUCUCUGAAAUCUUUUAGUUUUGAUCAUUAACAUUUUAAUGCAACUCAAGUAAGUUUGUGCAGAACAUCAAGGAAGCCCAUUAAGAAGAAAUAAGAUGCAUGCAAAUUCUACUAAGCUUCCUCCAUUGUUCUUGUGUAUUACUGCAUGCACCCCACAGAAAUUAAAACACUUUGGUGAAUUGGUUCUGAAAUGACUUGGCAAAUAUCACACGCAGUGGUCGAAACACCUUUGUCCUUCUGCCACCACUUUCUUCUAGAAAGGGAACACAGUUUUGCUUGCACGUUAUUAUUUACCUCUUUAUUGAAACUGCCCAAUCAAUAGCACUUUGCUAAGAAAUAAAAGAAGGUGAGAAAACACAUCUUGGGCAAAAAUUCCAUAUCGAUCUGAGCAUUUUGCUUUCAGUUCCAGCCAGUGCUGCACUGUUAAGGAAACAACUAUUUAAAGAGUUCCUAAGCUCUUAACAUAAUGCUUUUAAGGUUUAUCCCAGAAAACUUAAAUGAAAAACAAUUUCUGUAAUGUGUCACGUUCACCCAAGGGCAUCACUUUAAAAAAUGCCAAGCGUUACAUCAGAAGAAGCCCCAGCAAGUCAAAAGCAAAAUCACAGAGAACGUUCUUAUGUUAUAAUUGCAUGAGAGCCAAUAUGGCAACCUUUGUCAGCCUAGUGCCCUCCACAUGUUUUGAACUACAACUACAACAUGUUUUGAACUACAACUCCUAACAUCCCUUGCAUAUAAUACUACAGCACAUCUACUGGUGAUCCCUCUAGAAAUUUAAAUAAAUUUAGUUUUCAAAAUUUGCAGAAUUGGAUCCAUAGGAUCCAACUCCUCGGGGCCAAGGUCCCUUUGCUACCACCCAAUGAAAUAUUUGAGGGAGCCUCCCCGCCCCCCCAAGUUGAUGGCAUUGCCAUUCAAAUUAUGUGUGUGCACCACAUUUUGUGAUCGAUUAUGCAGGGUGGGACUUAUCCCCCAUAUUUUAUUCAAGUUGGCACCCCAGAGUGGCUCUCUCAUGAAUUUCCAGACUGCAUAGACAUUUCUCAGAAUAAUUAAUUUGCUUCAAUGAAGUAAAGACUAUUCAGCUGAUUAUAUCUUUCUUGUGGGUUUGGUGUUUUCAGAUACAGUAGUACCUUGGUUUAAGAACAGCCCUGUUUACGAACUACAGUGGUACCUCGGGUUAAGUACUUAAUUCGUUCCAGAGGUCCAUUCUUAACCUGAAACUGUUCUUAACCUGAAGCACCACUUUAGCUAAUGGGGCCUCCCAUUGCCGCCAGGCCGCCGGAGCAUGAUUUCUCUUCUCAUCCUGAAGCAAAGUUCUUAACCCGUGGUAAUAUUUCUGGGUUAGCGGAGUCUGUAACCUGAAGCGUAUGUAACCCGAGGUACCACUGUAUUCGUUUUAAGAACUCUGCAAAACUGGAAGUAGUGUCCCGGUUUGUGAACUUUACCUAGGUCUAAGAAUGGAAUCCGAGUGGAGGAAGGGCACUGGCGGCGGGAGGCCUCAUUAGGGAAAGCGUGCCUCGGUUUAAGAACUGAUUUCUGGAACUGAUUAAUUUCAUAAACUGAGGUACCACUGUACUAUUGUAACACAUUUUUAAAUUUAUCUAUGCCACUCCAAUGGCUGUAUGUUUUUCCUUUUCCUUUCUCUUUUAAGCUGUGUAAAUGCACUCAGUUAUUGCAGUUUUAAAUGGACCCUAAUUCCUCCAUUUUCUCACUGAGGACCAGAUAUUGUAACUGUAGAGCUGUGCCCGCCCCCAGCCCAUGCCCACAGGCAAUGACUGCUUGGGGUCCACCCCUUGAUGUCCACCUUGUUGUCUACAGAGGCCCUAACCGCCACCAUUUUCAGUUUUCACUUUUUAUGUAUAUGAAGCUAUUUAUCUUUGCUGAGCCACCUUGGGAGGGCUGUGUCCAUAGAAUUAAAUAAUAAUAAUAAUAAUAAUAAUAAUAAUAGUGUUACCAAACAUUGUUUAUCAUUGCUCCCGUGUCUAUAAAGUUAGCCUCAAAUAUUACAAUUUGUAUCUUUUAGGAAGUAAAUUGUUUCUGCAGGAUUUAUAAUAAACUCCACAUUUAGCUUAAUGUUUGUAAAAGGGCUCUGUAUUGAAGCAAGAAUAUGUUUGUCUGGCCUUCCCCAACCUGGUGCCCUCCGGAUGUUUUGGACCACACUUUGCAUCAGCCCCAGCCAGCAUAGCCAUUCAUGGUGGCUGGGACUGAUGGCAGAUGCAGUUCAAAACAUCUGGAAGGCAUCAAAUCUGGGAAGGCUGUAUUAGUGCUUCGUAACAGUCAACUUUUUCCCCUUCUGCUUUUUUUGUUAGCCUGCUAUGGUCAGCCGCUAUGUUGCCAUGAGCAAUUCGAUCAGACAUGCCAACUUUUCCCUCAUCUACUAUAAUGUUUUCCUUCAUAUGUGCAAGGCUCACGGGAUUGGAUAUGAUGUCCAGGUAGGAAGAUCAUGUGCUUUACAUUUAAAUGAAAUAGAGGUAGGAAAGUAGCUUGGGAGGAGAAACAGCACACAAAUUCAUUCUAGACUGACUACAGAAAAGUUAGUAUCUCCAAAUUUUUGGCCUCUGUGAUUCUCUCACAUAUCCCUAUAAUCCAUGAGAAUCUUUCUGUGAACUCUGAGAUUAUCAUUUAUCACUAACCCAAUCUCAAAACCUGAAAACCUGUUUUCAAAUUCAAGCUUCUGAAUCGAAACACGUCUUGCUGGCUUGUUGCAACUGUUGUCAGAUGCUACUCAUGUGGGCUUUAAGGGGGUAGGGCCUAUAGAUCAGCUAGCAUGGUUUCCAGACAACUUUACAUGUCAGCCAAGAAGCAAAAAGCUCUCAGGCCUGGCUUUAAAGUGACCACCUCUCUCUAAUUCUGAUUAUUCACACCGUAAUACAGUUUAGCAUCUUACUUUUUUACGAGGAGUUGUUGUUGACAUUAUGCAAUGCUAACACCUUUCCCUCUACUCCAACAGCAAAAAGAAGGAACCGUUUUUACUCUGUUUGAAGACCAUAAAAGGCUCAAAUUCGGAAUUAUGUAAGUUUUCAUGAGUGACUUCUGGAAGCAUCUUGAAAAUCCUCUAGUUGAACACCUCUACUCCCUUCUGUGGGCUAAGGGUUAGUCUUCCAUACAUGCUCCUGAGAAAGUAACUCAAUCACAGAUGUACCUAGCCCUGGGUAAGGCCCCCAAAUGGUGCAAGGAAUUCCAUAGAUGUACAUAGAGGAUGAGCACGAACAAGCAGCAUGUCCUCUUCUGCCCAAGUCUCACUGAAUACUUGUUUACAGCAUCAUGCUCUAAUAUUAGUAAUACAGUGAUAUUUUCAUACCAAUGGUGGUGUGUAGCCACAUAUUUGAUGUCCAAAGAGAAAAGGCUUGGAAUGACUCAACCUCUUGCUCUCCUCUGCUACUUGAUUAAUAAAAAUUAUUUAUUACACAAAUCCUUUCUACUGACAAGUUAAAAUGGAGCCUCAUCUUUCAUAUCUCCCUGAAGAUUGCCACCUUACGAGAUUGAAAAUAUUCAUUAAAUUCCUUGGGCUGACAGGCCCAAAUGAGAGGGCGAUUGUUCUUAAGCCUGCGAAUGGAAUCAUUGGCAAAGUCAUUUGUUUGGAUAUCAUUAACAGAACAAUUGGAGAACAUCUCCAGGGGGUCCUCAUGACCUUUGCUCAGCAACUCUUCAUCAUCUAUCAAGAAUUAUCAGCACCCAAUAUGCAUGCCGAGACCAAUUUUAAGGUGAGGUGUUAAUUAACUAACGAUCCCAGUUAAAUUUCUGUUAGAGGACAGAAAACACCUCAUGCUGUAUUAUAAACAACUGUUAAGCCAUCCUGGGUUCUUUCCAUAGCAGUACAUGUUUUACUGUGUACAGGUCAAUAUUGUAGGAUUCCCAGUCAAUCUGCUAGUUAAAUUUAUUUUUUUAGAUGUGGUAACAUAGACUUGCUUGAGCUGGGAGCCACUGGUAUACUUGAAAGGAUUCUUCAAGAGCAAUUAGGUUUUCAUCUUACAUUUAUCCUUUCUUGGAGUUCCUAAUUGGUGGCACAGAAAAGUAUUCAUGCAGUCCUUCCUAAAGCCUACUCUUACUGAUUUACAAAAUGAAACCGUCAAUAUAUAUUAAAACACAUACAUUAAGAAAUGACAAAUAAGUAAGCUUGAUUAGUUUCUGAUGCCCAGGCCAAAGAAGGGACUUCUGUUUUAGUGCAUCCCAGCAGGACGUACCACUAGGGCUGACACUUACUUUUCCUGGGUCUCUGGAAUAGGAGCCAUUUAGCUACUUAGUUCCAAUCAGAACAGAGUGGCUGCCAUGUUAUAUUUCCUAGAAUGCAGUGCUACUAGAUAAGUUCAUCUAGUGGGAGGGAUUGAGUGACUGGCAAGUACAAUGGUGCCAGGGGAGCAAGUGAUGGUGGACACCAGUGGUUAGGAAGGGGCUGAUUGAGGUGGGGUCCAAGUCAGCGCCAAGGGGGCUCAUUGGUAGCCUUAAGCUAAAGGCCUACUCAGGCCUGGUACUGGCCAUGUUAUCAACUAUCAGGAGAACCUGACAGACAUGCCACAAAAUGAUCUAGGUCGAAACUCCACAGCAGUGUCAGAAGGUAGAUUAGUUGGGCUUUUAAAAAACACACAGGACUUCAAAGGAGCCAAGGAGGCUUACUAGUAUUUCAUGCUAUAGCCCUGUGAUGGGGAACUUUGAGCCCUCCAGAUGUUUCUGGACCAUUCCAGCUGGGGCUAAUGGGAGUUGGGAGUCCAACAAUAUUGAGAGGUCCAAAGGUUUCCCACACUUCUCCUGGUGAAACAACUGUAUUUGAGCUCUAAUAGUUACCUGCAAGUCCUGACUACUUCAGCCUUAGCCUGAAUGAGAUUGACCCUGGUGCUUCAGCUCUGUGUUGACUUUAGUUACUACUCAGACCAAGGAGCUUGCAAAUCUGUCAAUUGGUUGGGCCAGGCCUGAAGAGUGACUCUUUCUGUGACUUCUUGAUACUACUGGUGCAAUGGUGAGCAGGGAGCAUAAACAACUGUUCUACCACUUGAAGUGUUUGAUUUUAUUAUAGAGAGCUGUCCAAGAGAUUGAAAAAAUUCUGGGAGUUACAGAGCAAAACAAGUUAAAAUUUGAAGAGGAAGAGGAGGACUUGAAAGCGCAAGCUUCCACAAAAUAGUUAGUAGACAUUAAAAGUAAUCUUUCUUCAUUCUUAUUCUCAUGUCUCUGGGGAAAAUAAGUUAAUUCAUUUUCAAAUAGCCCUUUUCGGUCACUUUAUGCCCACAAGCUCUGCCAGAGUGUGACUGUCUGUUGACCUCCCAACCAUGUUGCCUGGCUCAUGGCAACCCUAUCCUCCUCCUCCUGGGCCACAACAGUCAAAGCUUAAUUUCUCAGAUUUGGGUUGUGUCUGGUUUUUUAAAAUUAUGUUUUGUGAAAUAUGUCAUGAGGCGGGUGACAUCCUAAAUACAACCUGUGGAAGGGGACACAUUUGGUUUAAUUCUACACUAUAUUUGCUCUCAAAUUUAACAAAACAGUCUCUUAUAAUUCAACUAUUUUAGAAACAAAUAGUAAAAUGUUAGCAUACAAUAAGUCUCUCCCUGUGCUUAUCUUUAGGGUAGGAUGGCACUGAAUGCAGGGGAAAAUUUUUUUUAACCCUUAAAUUGUUUUUUAGUUAUAAUUUAUUUCUUCUUAUAGGUUAAACAUCUUUAAAUUAUCCGCCUGGUUUCCAGUUCUAAAGUACCCCACACUGCAAUAAACACUACAACUGUGUUUUGGAUUGUUGAAAAAUACGUGUAGCAGAACACAGACCAAUGUCAAUAGUGAUUCCUGACUCACAGAAUUUGUUUUCACUGAAAAUUUUGUAUCAGAUGCUAUUACCUCUAUAUGGCUGAGAGGAGUAUUGAUUUAUACUUCCAAUAAAAUUAAGUGUAUUUAUUUUUG